AUGGACACUGUGUGUAACAUUUCCAGUGGGGAAUGGUCAGACCAGGUCCUUCCCAGGGUGGCAGGGUACCAACCCCGCCACGUAGUGCGCAGAGUCGCAUCCCAGACUGUGACCAAGGUGAACCCGCCCAUAGGGAUCGCCUUUAUCACCCUCCUCUACUGUGCAGAGAUUUCUUCUGCCUGCGUCGUGAGCUAUGCCUACAGCUGCUCCAAUGAUGUCUUCUGGCUCUCCCUGACUCUCCUCUUGAUGCUGAUACCUGCCGUCAUGGACCAACUUACCCUCAUCUUUGUGAACCGGGACCUGACUAGUGACCAGCCCUUUAUCCUUUUCAUGCAUCUUGUGUUGCUGGGUCCUCUCAUCAGGUGAGCCGUGCUAGCAACUUUGUUUGGAGAAGGUGCCAUAUAGCUCAGUGGUGGAGCAUCUGCCUCACAAACAGGGGGGUCCCAGGUUCGAUCCCCAGCAUCUCCAGGUAGCAUUGGGAAUUCCUCCUGCCUGAACUCCCGGAAAAACUCCUGCUGUAGAUAGUACAAAGCUAGAUGAAGCAGUGGCUAGGGAAGGACUGUAGUAGCUCAGCGGUAGAGCAUCUGAUUUGCAUGCAGAAGGUUCCAGGUUCAGUCCCUGGCAUCUCCAGGGAGGGCCGGGGAAAAACUUUCUGCUUGAAAUCCUGGAGAGACACUGCCUGUCAGUGCAGACAUUACUGAGCUAGAAGGGUCCAUAUAAGGCAGCUUCCUAAUUCCCUCCCCCUGCCCACCCCCCCCCAACUUUACUCAGCAGGGAGCUUUACCCAGCAGGGAGCUGGAGGGUUCUUUGUGUAGAACUGCAGUCAUAAGCUCUGAGCUUAGAAAGAAGAAAGGAGAUGCAGGUGGCGCUGUGGUCUAAACCACAGAGCCUAGGACUUGCUGAUCAGAAGGUCGGCGGUUCGAAUCCCCAUGACGGGGUGAGCUCCCGUUGCUCGGUCCCUGCUCCUGCCAACCUAGCAGUUCAAAAGAACGUCAAAGUGCAAGUAGAUAAAUAGGUACCGCUCCAGCGGGAAGGUAAACGGUGUUUCCGUGCACUGCUCUGGUUCGCCAGAAGCGGCUUAGUCAUGCUGGCCACAUGACCUGGAAGCUGUACGCCGGCUCCCUCGGCCAAUAAAGUGAGAUGAGCACCGCAACCCCAGAGUCGGCCACGACUGGACCUAAUGGUCAGGGGUCCCUUUACCUUUACCUUAGAAAGAAGAAAGCAAAAGGCUGUUGCAAGUUACUGUGUGUGUGUGUCCUGAAAACAAGCAAUGCCAUAUUUAAUUGAAUGUAAUGCACACCUUUUUUGGCCAAAUUAUGGUGUGCAUUUGGGUGCACAAUAGAUUUGAUGGCGUCAGCAAAUACUUUUUUGGUUUCAAGUUUUUGAAAAUUGAGUUGUGCGUUAGAUUCAAUGGUGCAUUCGUUUUGCAUAAGUACGGUAACAUCUUCCAUAAAUGAUACAGCACCCUAUUAUGCUUCUUAAGGUUGCUGCUCCUGCUCAUUCUGCUGAGUGGGGCCCUGGACCUUUGCCACUCAGUAGUGGGGCAGGAGAGCUGGAAGAAAAUUCACAUCUGGCAGCCAAUGUGCCCCUUUGUUUUCAAAUAGUACAUGGGUAGACGAGUCUAAAAAGCCUGGAACACAAAACUUUACAGCCCUCUAGUGACUAUGUUGGCUUAUUUACCAGAAGUAAUAUACUGUAUUUAGUGUUAACUAUGGGAACGUAUACUUGAUUCUGACUAAACUAAGCGUCCCAGAGCAAAAUAUACAUCAGGAAGCUGUGUUUGGUCAGAAUCAAGUAUAUACUUCCAGAGUUAAUGCUAAAUACAUUGCUUCUGGUAAAUGAGCCACCAUAUCUGCUAGAGGGCCAUGAAAAAUUUUGCCCUGGACUUUUGAGACUCUUUUACCCAUGUACUAUCAGAAACCAAAGAAGCAAAUUGGUAGCCAGGUGUGAAAUAUAUUGGCAUUAUUUCAUCUCUCCUAUCCCACCACACAAUUCUAGCAUCAGAGGCAGUUUUAGGGUAGUGCAACCUGUUCGGCCACAUUGGCCAUUGUGCUGCACGGGCCAUCACAACAAUGCCGUAGAACGGAACGCGGAGGAUACCCCAAUUUUAGCAUCACACAGGGUGGUGCUGAAAUUUGAGAGCCCAAAGUCUGCCACUGCUAGCCUGAUGGUAGCUCUGGCCAAGUGCCAUUCAGAAUACUGAAAACUCAUCUGUCCAUUUGGAAGUGCCAUUCAGCACUCCUAGCAUCAUUGCAUAGGAAUGGGGAACUUCAGGUCGGGGGGGGGGGGCAAAUACGGCCCUCUAGACAUAUCUAACUGGCCCUCGAGACUCUCACUAGGCCAUGCCCCUUCUCCAGGCCACAUCCCCAUUCACGGUGCUGUGCUUUUGCUUGGCUGGAAUGUGCCCUUGUUAACAAUGCCUUUUACUUUCCUGGAGGGUGACACAAGUGGUGUGUGUGGUGUUUGUGUGUAGGAACCUUUGAAUUUUUUUGCAGCUAUAAUGUAGACCACUAUAGAAAUGUAAGAACCACACCUGUCACACCUGUUGUUCUAUCCUCUGACCCUGCCCACCACUAGCAAGCAGCCUACCAGAAGACUGUCUGCAAGGGAAUACAGCUCUUGCUCUGACAAAGGUUCCCCACCCAUGAGUGAACAGGGACCCCCGCCCCCACUUCCAAUCCUGUCUUUGCAAGGGCUGAAACACCAAUUUCGCUAUGAAACUGGAAAGCUGCAGGAUUCAUUGACUUGCAGAAGAUGCUGCACUUUGGGGCUGUGAUUUUUGAAGCAUAAAGCAUGCACAGCCCUUGGUUGUCCCACACUUGGUGCAAUUGACACAUGGUGCACAUGGGGCCAGAUUGCCCAACGCAAACAAGCAAAACCUAGCCUGCAUGCGAUGGGGGCAGUGGGAUGAAUGGGGCAGCAGUGCUGGAAGGAGGCAAUUUAAUCCCCGCACUCCACAUGCCAUUUUCACAAGCAGAAUUUAUUCUCCAAAGAUAUUUUUAGUCCCACUGUGGGGAGAAAAGUUCUUGUUCCCACGGUGCUGCUGUCCUGAUCCAAUUAGACCUCCCUCCAUGAAUGUCUCCCAAGUUAAGAAACAAAACAGCAGGAGAUCCAAUCACAUAGGAAGCUGCCUUAUACAAAGUCAGACUAUUGGACCAUCUGCCUUGGUAUUGUGUACACUGGCUGGCAGUGGCUGUUAGGGUUUCAGAUGAGGAGCUUUUCCUAGCCCUACCUGGAGAUGCUGGGAAUUGAACCUGGAACCAUCCGCAUGCAAAGCAGGUGCUCUGUCCCUGAGCUAUGAUGGUCCCCAUUGAACUACCACCCUCGCAAAUGUAUCAUCAUGUCUACUUUGACCCUCCAUCAUUUAUACUACUGUAGGACUUCAGACACAGGUGUAGUGGAGGGGCCAGAGACUGAGAUGCAAGUUGGACUGAUGGGUUAAUGGAGUGGCAGUGCAGGAGCAGGUAAAAGGUGAGCAGCCUGCUACUCGAAUCACCUCCAAGGGGUCUUGUCCAAAUGUUUUCAGGUGGGACCCCAGAAGUGAAGGGAGAAGAACUCCAGAGUUUUGAAAAGCUGCUUCACACUAGUUUCUUAAGGGAGCUGGGAGUUGUUAAGAGACCCCUACUCCCCUCACAGAGCAACAAUUCAUGGAGAAGAGGGAUUGACUGUUAAACUGGGAAUUGAAGUUCUUUGAGGGGAAUAGUGUUAAGUUGUGGGCGAACAUAUCAGACGACACAGCAAUUCCUCAAACAGCUCUUGUUUAUUCAAAGGCCAGAACAGAACUGAACUGAAGAGCUCAGUCAGCCUGCUUAUAUAGAGCUCCAGAACAAUGUAACUGUAGCAACUUUCUAAAACUAUCCAAUCACUGAACGUCACUUUCGAUCCUUCAUUUGCACACAAACUAUCCAAUCACUGAACAUCACUUUCGAUCCUUCAUUUGCAUAACUAUCUACAGUAUCCCCCUGUUGGCCCAGGGUGAGAACUUCAGUACAUAACAAAUAGGGGUCUCCUAACAACUCUUAGCACCCCUAACAAACUACAGUACCCAGGAUUCUUUGCAGAAAGCCUGACUGUUUAAAGCAGGGUUCGCCAAACUUGCGUCUCCAGCUGCUUCUGGACUACAGUUCCCACCAUCCCUGAUCACUGUUCCUGCUAGCUAGGGAUGAUGGGAGUUGUAGUCCAGCAACAGGGGAGAGCCAAUUUUGGGAAACCCUGGUUUAAAGUAUGAUACUUUCUUUUUGCCUUGCGAGCACAUCCCAGCUGCCUUCAGAGAAUCAUAUGCACUCUGUAACGAUGGGAACUUGCUGUUUUCAAUCUGCUUGCUUUCCAAGGUGAAAGGUCGUUGGCUGCCUCCUUUAGGCAGCAUAGCAAGGAAGCUGGUUUGAUCCCAUGAGUCAAACAGGGGGGUGGGUGUCAGCAAAGGCUGUAAUUCUUAACCCUGCCUCUGCUUGUCCAGAUGUUUCAUUCUCCACUCCCCACCCCAGUCUCUGCUCUGCUCUUCUUCCACCUCUUUGAGUGCAGGAAGGGAAGUGGGUGGGGAGCUCUUUUUGGAAUGCUCUUCACAUUGGAACCCCACCCCCCACAAACUUUGGAGGCUGCUGUGAAUGUGGUAGUUGUGGAACACAGUGCAGAAGAGAAAUAACAUGCAUAAAUUUUACAUUCAUUGUUAUAGACAGAUGUGGUUUUCCUUGCUCAAGACGCAAGGCUUUAUGUUAUUAAUUAAAAACAUUUAUAUCUGCUUUUGUCACGCUGAUGCUCUCCUGAUAUUUUGGGCUGCAACUGCAAUCAUGCUGCUGCCAGCAUGGGUUGGAGGCUGAUGGGAGUUGUAGUCCAAAACAUUUGGAGGGCACCAGGUUGGGGAAGGCUGCUUUGUAGCCUGCCAUCUACCAGCUUUAUAAUCCCCAAGGCAGCUUAACAAAAUACUUUUGUUUUGUUACUUGCCGCACUCCAAGGCACUCAAGGCAGCGUAUAUAAUUCUCCCGAACUCCAUUUUAUCCUCUCAACAACCCUGUGAGGUUGAUAAGACAGAGAGAUAGUGACUGGCCCAACUUCACCCAGUGAAUUUCACGGCUGAGUGGGUGAUUUGAACCCUGGUCCUAGUCUGCACACUCCUAAUCACUACAAUGAAUUGGCUGCAAUUAAAUGAUGCAGACUAUCAGAUCAUCAUCUGUUAUUAUUAGCCAACCAAAGCAGCAAAAGCAUGACACUCCUUACAAAUUAAAAUGGCCAGGACACUCCGAAAGCUCCUUGGAAGAGAACUGCCUUGGGUGGUGACCUGAAAGCCAGCAGGGAAGGAGUGAGGCAAAUGUGUCCCUGCAAAGGAAGUCCCACAGUUGCAGUGGACCUGACGAGGAGUCCCAUGUACCCAUCUACUGUAGUUGGGUGGUGAGAGCCCAUGGAGCAGAGCCUCCACACAAAAAACCCACACCUUAUCAAACAAUCCUAUGCAUGUCUGUUCUGAAGAAAGCCCCACUGAGUUCAAUGGGACUUGCUCCCAGGUAAAAGUGUGUAAUAUUGCAGCCUUAAGAGAAAGGUGUGGAUCUGUAGGUAUGCUGGCCCCAGAUCAUUGGGGAUUUUAGAAUUCAAACUUUGAAUUGGGCUGGAGAACUAACUUGAAGCCAGUGAUGUUGUUUAUGGUUUAGUGGAACAUGCACAGGUUGGAACAAGACCAGGCAAGCCCCAGUGUUGUGUGUUUCCUUUCUUCCACGUGGCCAGGUGUACUUUAGCAGUGUUUACUUGCUGUUUCCCUUAAAGUUAGCAUGUUCCUGUGUCUGACUCCAGGAUUGUGGUUUGCUGCAACUAAUGGUUCAUUUAAGCAAGCCAGCUUCUUCAUGCCAAAUGCUUCUUCUUUCUCCAGCUUAAGCCUGAAGUACAAAAUCAUUAGGGUUCUCCCUCUCUGUCCUGCCAGCCCUGUUGGCCAGCAUUCCUCUGACUGGCCAAGCCGGGAAGGUCCUCUACUCUGCCUGCUUUUACCCUGUGCUUUAUUUAGCCCUCAUUUAUUUGCCCUGUGCUCUACCCUUCAAUUUCAGUCUUCCCCCUCCCUCUCUCACUGGUGAGGGAAUGGAGUGAAGCUGCCGUCAGUACUAUUCUUAGCAUAUGGAACUCGUCAAAGAGCCAUUCUUUAAGUUUUCUGUUUGCGGACUUCGCCUCCCUUUCAUUCCAGGUUGAACGAAGCUUUGAAAGCAUAAUGCACAAGGCAGUUUAUGGGGCCUUGGGAGGAGUGGGCAAAGACAGAGGGAUGCAAAUUUAGCAUGUUUUGGGGCUGGAUCAUUCAUGUGAGAUGACGAGAGGCUCCCGGAUUCCCCAAAAUAACAAAAAGUCUUGUGGCACCUUAAAGACUUUAACACUUAUUUUGUGACAUAAAAGGCAAAUGUAGCCAAGGUUGGUCCAUAAGGGAAAAAAAUAAAAUCCAAAAGCUGGGUCAUAACUUUUAUUAGAACCAACCAAAAUGCCACAAAAAUGUGGCAACUUUUUGAAUUCUCCCAUCAGGUGAGGUAUUAUACAAAGCAGGGAGGGUGGCAGUGGGAGGUGGGAAUGAAGGAAAACCAAAACAGUGCAGAAAUUAGGCUGGAUGUGGUAACCAUGAAGCCAAAUUAUAGACUUGGUUCCAAGAUGGUGAUUGCAGGCUGACGUGAGUCCCUCCCAGGUGUUACAGGUAUGAAGUCACACACCUAUGGUUCUGAGGUGAAGAAGCCAUGGCUGCUCCUCCCCAAAUUAAUACCUGGUUUGUCAUUUCCGGCUUCUAACUUGAAGGAUUGCCACAUUUUCCUGCCACAUUUUGGGACCAAUUUGGUUGGUCCCAAAAAAGGUUUUCCCCAAAUUUAGGCUGCGUUCAGACAUGGGGGGUUAUUGUAUCCAUUUCUAAUGCUCCCAUUUAUACCUCAUUACCUGUCAUUUUGAUUAACAAGCUGCCGUGGUGCACUAAAUCUUAGAUUGUGGGGAAGAGUUGCAUGCUCGUCCCAUGAGCAGCUGUGGCAUGAUCAUGAGAAACAUAGGGAAGUUAACAGGGCUGUGACAUAGACUUCCAUGAACAAGAGUUCACUUCAUCAGAUGUGUGAAGUGGAUACACAGACAGACACACAUAAAGGAAUAAAAUGGUAAACAGAGAAGUCAGAAAGUCGGUGAAAGGCAAGGGGUACAGUCUCAAAUGUUUCUAUGCAAAGCUGAGAUGUAUACAAAAUAAACAUAUUGACGAAUAUCUUCCAGCUAAGGACACACCUCAUGUAUCUGAUGUAGGCUCUAGCCUACAAAAACACUGACAGACACAUAUCAAAAUCCGAUGCAUGCUUGCAUCUGAGUAAUAAUUCUCAGGAUCUAUUCACUUGGAAUGGCCUAUGAGGUUAUGUUCUGCAAUUGCUGAACACAGGUUCUGUCAGUACUUUCCUGGUCUCAUCCCAAGUCCCUGUAACCUUUGAGUUAUGCAGAAGUUUCCAGGUUCUGUCCCCUGAAUCUCCAGCUAGAAGCCGGGAAAGACUUGAGUUUCCUGUUUGAAACCCAGAAAAGCUGCUGCCAGUUGGCAUAAACACUGCUGAGGUAGACAGAUCAAAGGUUUAACUCUGUAUAUAAGGCUGCUUCCUACAUCUGAGAAUCCUGUGUAUGGUAGCACAGGGAUGGGGAAAGCUUUACCAGUUGAUAUUCUGGCCGCUGUGUAGCCAUGAAAAGCACAGGAUCUAUGUCGGGGGCUGUGUGGACACUAUACAUUUAAAGCACAUGGCUUUUCCCUCAAAGAAUCCUGGGAAAUGUAGUUUGCUAAGGGUGUUGGGAAUUGUAGUUCUGUGGGGUGACUACAGUUCCCAGGAUUCUUUUGGGGAAGCAAUGUGCUAUAAAUGUACUUUAUGGUGUAUAUGCAGCCUUGGUCAGAGGUACCGCACCUGCUUUGCAUACAAACCGUUCCAGGUUGAAUAGGAUCAAAACAGACCCUGUUUUGAAUCCCUAGAGAGCCUCUUCCUGUCCACACAGCUAAUACUGGGCUAGAUGGCCAAAGGCUAGAUGGCUUAUUCUGAUUCAGAAUAAGGCAGCUUCCCAUGUUCAUAUGAGUCUGAGUUGGAGAAAGAGGGGGCCUUUGCCUAAAGGAAUGACCUCAUGGCUCCCUUAAGACGCACACCACCACCGUCCCCGUAGCUACCUGAAAGGCCUAGCCUCUCUUUCUCUUCUUUUAAUUGGCACUGCUGGACCACAGUGCAUUAAAAGUUGUUUGCUUUUAUUAAAAAAAAUUAAAAAGAAAAAGAAAAAAAGAGGUGGUCUGCUUUAAAAAAAAUAAGCGGUCAAAAAGCCAAAAAACAAAACACUGUCAGGUUGGUGGAGCUGAAAGCAUGUCGCUCUAGUCGUGGUGAGUCAUUCUGGAGGAGAAGCACUGCUUUGUCCCCAUCAAAAUGUCUUGCUGGAUCAUUCGAAGAGGGUGUGUGCUCUCAGUCUCAUAUUUUGCCUUGGGAGACAGUUGUGGGUGUGCUGCUUUUAAAACUGUGGGAAAGUCCUGAGCGGCGGACGCGUUCGGAAGCUGGAUGUUUAUCACCUGCUCAUAGCUAACGUUUGAUCUCGGCAGUUUCUUGUUAUAGCUACUACUACUACUGCAGCAACAGAUAAUGAACCGGAAGGAAAUAGGCAACCCCAGUGGAGGGCAGAAAGGAGACAAAGCUCUAUUUGCAGACCUUUGGGUGAUUUGCUAUAGAUCUGACUCCAAAUCAUACAGCAGCAGCAGCAGUGGCAACAACAACAACAACAACAACAACAAAAAAAAUCAUUUUUUAACUAUUCUAAAUCAGGCUGAAAAAUAGUGAACCUUUGUGUGUAAAAAGACAUUGAGUUCAGAUUUGGUACGAUAACCUAUUUCUUGGGCUAAAACGUAUCCAUAGGUGGUAUUAUUAGUAUGAAAUAUUAUUUUAUUAUAUUUACAUUUCACAUUUCCUCCUGGGAGCUCUGAGCAGUGUAGAUGGUUCAUUCCCUCUCCCUGCAAGGUAGGUUAGACCGAGAAAUGGCGACCGUCCAAGGUCAUCCAUUGAGCUUUAAUGCCUGAGUGGGAAUUUAAAACCUGUGCUUCCGGGCACUAGUUCAACACUCUAGCCACUACACCCUGUUGCUCUUCUCCCUUUCCCUCCACAUCACUAUUUUACACCUGGCUUUGGUUGAGAAUGAUGGUGUUGGACUAUAUCAGAGUUCUUCAGCUUUGGGUCUCCAGGUGUUUUGGGACUACAUCAUCCCCAACCACUUUAGCCAAUGGUUUGGGAUGAUGGUGGGAAUUGUCCAACUACACCUGGAGACUCAAGGCUGAAGACGGCUGGACUAAGGGUAUUCCAAUAUCCUUUGCAACCCUAACGUCCUAUGGCUGAAACCCUGGCUCAAAAUACCAUCAGACUUUUACCCUCCCCCCACUCCCAAAACAACACAUGAAUAUCCAUGAGUAUGUCUGUUUGCUUCUCCCUUGUGAAGACCUUAAGAGAAGGGCUGGUGGCUUCUAUACUGAUCCUGACUCUUUCUCUCAUGCAGGUGCUUAGAGGCCAUAGUGAUGUUCUGCAGGUUGGGGAAGGAGGAAGAGCCCUACGUCACCAUCACUCGCAAGAAGCAGAUCUACAAGGACGCUGAGAUUGAGCUGGAGCAGGAAGUGGGUCACCUGGUGCGCAGGCUGGUCACCCACCGCAACGCUUUCAAGCGCAUGGCUGUCAUCCAGGCCUUCCUAGGUUCUACCCCGCAGCUCACGUUGCAGCUCUAUGUCAGCGUUGUGGAGCAGGAGGUCCCCACCAGCAGAGGUAAAAGGCGGAGCAGAGCAUUGCAGGUCUUUACUGUGCAGAAUGGGAGGGGACUUAAAGGGCAUGGGUUUUCAGCUAGGAGCCAGUUUGCUUGUCUGGUGCAAACUAUAAAGGGUUUGGGAGGAGGGUUGUGGGGACGCGGGUGGUGCUGUGGUCUAAACCACAGAGCCUAGGGUUUGCCGAUCAGAAGGUCGGCUGUUCGAAUCCCUGUGACGGAGUGAGCUCCUGUUGCUCGGUCCCAGCUCCUGCCAACCUAGCAUUUCAAAAGCACGUCAAAGUGCAAGUAAAUAAAUAGGUACCUCUCUGGUGGGAAGGUAAACGGUGUUUCCGUGCACUGCUCUGGUUCGCCAGAAGCGGCUUAGUCAUGCUGGCCACAUGACCCGGAAGCUGUACUCCGGCUCCCUCGGCCAAUAAAGCGAGAUGAGUGCCGCAACCCCAGAGUCAUCCGCAACUGGACCUAAUGGCCAUGGGUCCCUUUACUUUUAUACCAUUUUAAUAGCCCUGGAGAGUCCUGGCAGCCACAGUUUGUUUACAUUGCCGACCUCACAGAAUGGCAGUUCCCAGAACCCUUAACAAACUAUGAUUCUGAUGAUUAUCCAGGAUUGCUGGACAGUGACAUGAUAGUGCUUCAAAUGUAUGGUGUAACCUUUCUCUCUCUCACUGCUUUCUCCUGACUCAAACAGGGUCUAGACUUGCAACAGAAUAAGGCAUUGCAAAUGCUAGGAUGGUAAGGGUGGGCAGUUGCACUUCAGAAUGCCUGGGAUGCAUAUUCCUCAUUCAAACAAACAAAACAAAAACACAGUGCCAAUAGAAAAUUAAGGCAUAUGGCACAGAAGGCUAGAAGGCUUCUAUCCCAGCUUUGUACCUGCAGUGCUAGGUUUCUGUUUGCAGGGAGGUUGUUGUUGUUUUAAAUUUUUUUUUAACAAGAUUUGUAUAACACUUAAUCUAAAAACGAAUCACUACGCAGUUUACAAAAACGUAUAAAAUCUUCAUUAAAUAAUAUUCAUUUAGAGUAGCAAUAAAAGUAGAUGUAAUAAAAUUGCUAAAAUAUAAAUACAAUCAGAUUUUUAAAUUUAAAAACCCCAUAUAUGAUAAAAUUACAUGUCCAGGUAGAUUUGUUUAAACCAAAAAGUUUUAAGCAGGUGGCAAAGACAUGUAAGGGAACGUUAAAAAAUGCAGCCAUGUUGCCCAACUUUCUACAGGCUCUGUUCUUCCACCUUUAAUAACCGUGCACGCUGCAGAAAGUAAGCAGGUAGGUGAAGUUUAUUUUAGAAGGGAGUUAAAGCAUAGCUGUCAACCGUCCCUUAUUUGGCGGGAAACUCCCUUAUCCCAGUGCCGUUUCCCGCUGCUGUCCCUUAUUGAUGGUGCCCCUUGAAUUUCCCAGGUUUCAAAGGAAGCAGCUCCUUUCCCUCCCUCCCUCCCUGCUGGCCAGGGAGGAGGAGGCUCCAACUGGGUUGCUUGGCUGCGUUGCUCACCCAAUAAGGAGUCUAAGAACGACUGGGGGUGGAGCUUGCAUGCCUUGUGCCGAUCAAAUCGGCCGCGUUGCCUGGGGACUCACCUUUGCUCAGCGCUUCCCAGCGGAGAGGUGACGGUGGUUUUCCUUGCUGCAUCCCCUUUGCCGGGUUGCUGUGCUGUGGGAACCACUGCUUGAGGCUUCGUUUGGCUGCUGGCUGGGCUUUCUGCCUUUGGCUCGGAGGGGCUCAGAAGUUGAACAUACCCGUGCCCUAAAAAUUCAUUGUUUUGGCUGCUGAUCCCUUAUUUCCAAGGCUGCUGGUCCCUUAUUUUCAAAUCUGUAAGUUGACAGCUAUGAGUUAAAGUAACAGAAAAAAGAAAAACUAACAUGAAAAGGCUUCAGAUCCUUAAGUUAGCAUCUGGCUGCUGCUAAAGGCAUGGAAACACGAUUGGUAAGUGAAGCUGACAACUCUCACUGGAGUUAUUCGUAUACUCUGGGCUUCCAUCACAGUGAUAACCUGCCUUUUGGCUGGUGCCUGCUGGGCUUGCCACAUCCCUGGUGAAGUUCAUCUAUGGUUUCCUUAUGGUUACAGAAACAGGCUUUCAAGGUGAACUGGAGCAUUACAAAAUGAAAGCUUUGUCAAUGGGCCUGAAGCAGACCUUAAGAACCCCACCCCAGACAGAACAAAAGGACAUUAAAUCAAUGAUAUUAACAAUUGAUAUGGUCUGCCCAGCAGAGGUUUAUAAGGAACCCCUUACUGGUUGAGGCCAAAGUCCUAUCUAAUCCAGCAUCCUCUUUCCCACAGCUGCCAAACAGAAGCAUCUGGGAAGGCAAAAAGCAGGACACGGGGUGGGAGGGAGGAAGAGCCCUCUCCCACUGUUGCUCCACAGCAGCUGCAAUUCAGAGUCAUGUUGCCUCUCAUACUGGAGGUAAUAGGCAGCCAUUGUAACUAGUAGCCACUGAUGGCCUUUUGCACCACAAUAUUGUCUAACCCUCUUUUAAAGCCAUGCAAGUUGAUGGCCAUCGCUAGUACCUCUUGUGAAAACAACGGCUGGAUGCACACCAUAAAUUUAAAGCAUGCUCUCCCACAAAAGCAACCUGGCAGCUGUAGUUUCCCCCCCUCACAGCGCUACAAUUCCCAGCACCCUUAACUAACUACAGUUCCCAGGAUCCUUUAUUUGGGCAGGGGUUGCUUUUAAUGUACGGCGUGUAAAAGUUCUAUUUAUUGUAUGAAGAAGUACUUCCUUUUGUCUGCUCUGAACCUGUCACUGUUCCAGCGUCAUUUCAUGAUCCUGGAUUCUAGUAUUAUGAGAGAGAGAGAAAAAGGUCUCUCCUCACCUCUUUUCUCCACACUAUGCAUGGUUUUCUACAUAUCUAUCAUGUUGCCCCCUUUUUUCCAAAAUUUACAAUGCCCAAAACAUUACAAUCUUUACUUACAGGGAAGUUGCUCCAGCCAUUUUAUUAUUUUUCAACCUCUCUCUCUCUCUCCCCCUUUCUCUGUAUUUAUAGCCUGCCUUUCCUAUAGUGAGCUCAGGGUUGCAUGCCUGGUUCUCCCUAUCAGGUUUAUCUUUCCAACAGCCCUAUGCAGUGGGUUAGGCUAAGAGACUGUGACUGGCCCAAACUCACCAGUGAGUGAGGAUUUGAACAGUGGUCUCCUGGGUCCUUGCCCAGCUGCUACACCGCACCUGGAAAAGCACAUAGAGCUGGAGGAGGAAUGUGAGAAGUGAUGCUCUUUCCUCUUUUAGCUCUAUGUGCUUUUGGAAGCUCAGUUUGAUUCUACUGGGUCUGCGUGCCCAAAGUAUUCACACAAGAAUGCAAAUGUACAGUAUGUACCCAUGGGACUAAAAAGGUCAGCAACCACCGAUCUAACUGAUUCCACUGGCUUCUACUGUGCAACCCCAAAUAACAACAAUAAUGGCAGUCCUAUAGGACUUUUUUUUGCAUCGCCCAAGCCUGAUUUUGCUGAAUCAGGAUGUAGUACUAGCCUACCUUGGAAGCAAAAUGAAAAUUUUAAAAUGGGGCCUCGACUUUGAACUUUUUUUUUUUUAAAAAAAAUAGUUUUUAUUGGGUGGGUUUUGUGUUACAAAGCAAACAGAUAAACGGGAUGGUACAGCUGUUGUUUCCACUUCAACUUGCUUUUUUAAAAACAAUACAGGGCUGGAUAUAGGUCCCCAUUGAAAUAUUGCUGUGGAUGUUGCAGCAUCAAGGCUACUCCGAUUUCAUCAUAAGCGAGGUUUAUUGCUUAUUUUCAGACUGCAGCUCAUAGAGUUAUAUAAUAGUUCUGGAAAAACUUGUUGAUUCUGCCUCAGAAUAUUGUUCCAAAACUAGAAAAAUCAAACCAGAACGAUAAACUCAUCCUAUAUUUUCCCCACUCUCAAAUUUUAUCAUCCAUUUCAUUAUUUAUAGCAAUAUGCUGCACGUCAUUCUGAAUGAGCAUCGUUCUUUACAGGGGGGGAGGGGAAACCCACAAGUCCCUAUCCUGAGGCUCAUACAAUCUAAGAGCCAAGAUAUACUUAAUCAUGACUUUGUUUGUUUGUUAAAAUUUAAAAGCAGCUACAAGAGUAUUUUUUUAAAAUGCAAAUGUAUUAAAGAAAGAAAGAAAGAACAGAGAGAAAAAGUAGGAUGAGAGAAAGAAAAAAUAAACCCAGAGAACCUCUACUGCCCUUCCAGCUCACGUUAACAAUAUAAUACCCCAUCCAUACAUCCAUCAGAGGGCAGCACAUUAUUCUUCCUGACCUGUUAAUAUUUGCAUUUUAUGUGGUCUUUCGCAUGACAUAAAAGCCACUCUGGAAAUGCAGUUGAAUCCCGCAGAAGUUUAGCACUAUUUAUGUAUUACUUGUUUCCAGAAAACAACAACAACAACUUUUUGCCACCCUGUUAAAUAUUUAUAUAUGUAUGUUCAAAUGUAGCAAGAGUGUUAAGGUCACCAGACUAUUGCAUAAUAUAUGGCACUGUUUGUCCUUCCAGGCUUAGAGUAGAAGUCUCUUGGUGACCGUAAAGUAUUGCAAACUUCUUUUCUCUUGCAAUUAAUCUCCAUGCUACAGGACUAUAAUUGUAAAGUGCAUGAAAACCUGCAAAUAUCAAGGAUUUUGCCAAACAAAUUUCAUAUGGACACUAUAUGGCAAUUUUGACAGGAGCACCCCUAAUCUAAUUCAUGCCUCCAAACUCCUAAACGUCCUGCAUUGGGGGAAGAUAAUACAUGUACAGCAUCAGGGUCACCUGAGACUCCAUUCCUGGAUAAACCAAACCAGCUACGCAUUCUUAGGCUCACUUACAGUAGGGUCAUCUUCCGCAACCUGGUGCUCUCCAGAUGUUUUUGAACUCCCAUCAGCCCCAGCCAGCAGCUGAUGGGAAUUGUAGUCCCAAAUGUCUGGAGGGCACCGGGUUGCAGGGUGGGGUGCAGAAGGAUAUUGGGCAGGGUUGGGGAAGGCAGGUAAGGAGAUGGUGCCAAAAGAUUCAUGGAAAAGGUGGGCUUUGAAGAGGGAACUGGAGGAAGUAGGAGAGAUGGCAUCCUAGGAGUGUUCUGAGAGGCAGUUCCAGGCAUAAGGGGCAACUCAUUUGUGCGAGUCUGAUAUCCAAGCCGAUGGAGCUAGAGGAGUGAAGGUCCUAGGCAGAGUUGUAAUGUGAUACAAGAGUGAACAGGGAGAGUGCAAGAUUGUGAAGGGCUUGGAAGGUAAGGGAUAAGGGGUCAGGAUUUGGACAGGAUGUCCCCAUAGGGAUUUAAGGAUGUGCAUCCUUUGGCUAGAAUGAUGAGAGAUUUUGCAGUGAUGCAGCUUGGUAAUUUUAGACUCUGAGCUCAAUGGUCAAGAGAGGGGAGCCUCUCUUUGAACUAGGGGUGAGGAAUCUUUUGCAGCCUGGAAGUCAUAUUGCCACUGGUGCGUGGUGCCAGUAGUAAAAGUAGGUGGAGUCAUCAAUCCAAUGCUUAACCUUUGUAGAGUUACAAUGCAGCCACAUAACAGCCAGCACCUUCUGCACACUCGCCCAUACUUCACUGUCAGUGGCGUAGGAAGGCAGGGUACGGACCGCCCCGGGUGUCAUCACUGAGGGGGGUGACGGCAGGGCCUGGCCUGCAGUGCACCCGAGCCACACGUCUCUCCUGCAGGCUCUGCGCUGCCCCAAAUGGCAUGUGGGGCUUGCAGACUCCAUGGAGGUUCUGCGCAGCGUGCUCUGCCCUGGCUUGUCCUGCCCACGGGUGCGCCGAGCAGCUAGCUACACCGCUGUUCACUGUCCUCCAUCCAGUCAAGUGAGAGGGCAUGGUCACAGUUAAAGAUCAUGAAGCAGAGCUGGUGAGGAGGUGUGGCCUGGGGAGAGUUCUAAGAGCCAGUUAGAGAUGCUUGGAGGGCCAUAUUCAGCCCCACACUGAGGUUCCCCCACUCCUGCUUAGGAUGGUAAUGUGUAUCGCUCCACCUACUCCAAAGGAUGGAGUUGUGCUUGGAGGCCUUCCAGCUCAUUCUGCUUAUUGGGGCCCUGGACCUCUGCCCUCGGAGACCUGCCCUGUGCACAGACUGGAUAUUGGCAGCAGACAUUUGGACAAAGAUGAAGAGGGCUGAGAUGUGACAACUGCAGACUGAAGGGAGGAGAAGGCAUCAAGGCAGGAGAUGAGACUUACCCAUGUUUGGCAUUUUCAGGAUGGGAGAUGAGAGUUAGCCAUAUUUUCUUGGCCUGCUCCCAGGCGGUUGCUUCUUUCAGGAGGGAUUCCAAUUGCAUACCAGCAAGUUCAGGUUGUGCUACUAUAAUUGAUUGGGAGGUCUUGCACAGCAAACCCUCUUCCCAAAAAGGUGGGGCUUCCCCCCCUUUUUUUUGCAAUAAGGGAAGAGAUGGAAAAAUGCACUGACACAACGUCAGCUAAGCUUCCCUGCAAACAAAUCAGAAUGACUACCUGUUAAAUAGCUAGGGUUGCAGAAUUUCCCUGCCAACAAAUCAGGACGAACAAUUAAUAAACUAGAAGGGUUGGAUGCAAUGUAGCGCUAGGUUAAAGCCACUAGCAACCUACUGUACUUGUUCCGAAGGUGAGAUGUUUCGUGCCAGUAUAAGGGUGCUUCAGAGAAUACACAAUCGGGUUGCUAGUAACCUCUUUGCAGAAUAGAUUGUGCGAUCUUUUGCAAUGCACAGUGAGUUUCCUCUGGUGCAGCUGUUGCAUUGGAACCCUCUGUUGCGUGGCAAGGUCCCAAACCCUCCCAGGAAGUUGGAAUAAAGACACAUGAAACAGUAUUUAGAGUUAAUGGGCGGAAAAGACCACAACUUACAGAAUGUGAGUGGUAUUGGCUUAGGCAUUGGAAACCACACGACUAUAUCUGACUCCUGCCCGUCUGCAGGAAGUCUUGGAAGGGUUAACCACCAGUAGGGGGAGCCCUGCUGAUGCACAUCAACUAGGAACUCCCCCAGGAUCACUGUUAGGGGUUGUGCUAUGGCCAUAGCCCCCUCUCUGGGGCUUCGGACAGAGACCACGCCCCUCAGAUUCCUAUAACGGAUUACCCUUGAAUUAGGAGGGGUAGGUGAUGGCCACUACCACCAUUCACCUUCAACCAAACACUCCAAUGCCUAACCAUCAAACCUUACAAAGUUGUGACGAUUUGCUACGAGGUAGGCAAAAAACCAAUUGGCUGGUGCCAGUUUGCCAAGUGGAAAAAAUUCCUACCAGGCCCCUUUGACAGGUGACCAACCGAGGUCCAUAGCAAGGUCAAGAGAUAAAGAGCCUAACCUUAGGGAGGGAGGGCAAGAGAACUGAGCAAGCAGGAAGAAAAGGGAUGAGUCUUUGGCCACGGCCAGUUUAAAUAACCUGCACCACGCCCCUGGACCAUCUGGAAUGGUCGGCCAAGGAAUGACGCUGUCGAGGACUCCCCAGUGGCGCAGGAACUGUACCGCCCCAUGUGCGUGGGGCAGGCUUGCUCCCAGUCUGCAACGUCAGCUCCCCAGGAACGGGAAAUGGCUUUGUCUAACAUUAAAAUUUGCCUUACACUAGCAGACAUAGAACAUUGGAUGGAGCUUGUAGUCUGGAAGCUCCCUAAGUUUAUAUUCCCUUGCCCCUGCAGUCAAGGUAGUGAGGUUGGGAUUGCCUCACUUUGUCCCCAAAGCUAUCCGUAAGUAAGCUUUACCACUGAGAAGUGAUUUGAACUUAGGUCUUCUCAGUCAAAUCCUCUAUCAACCACGUCUCCCACAGCCUAGCACAUAGAUCUUGCUUUGUGUACUUGAGAAGGAGAAACUGACUGGCUUAGUUGGUUGGAACAACUUGGGGAGGUCUGACUGAACCUGGCUCAAACAGGAAUGCCCAGCAAACUAUAAUUGCUAAUAGUUUGGUGUCAUAUUCCACUGCCAAGUGUAAAUGGCCAUUUAGCUUUCCCCCAAGGUUAUCAGAACCCCCAAGAGCCCUUCUUUUUAGGCAUGGUAGAAGCAGAAGUGUAGACAAGCCCAAAGUUUCAGCUAAUAGACAGGCGUGCUUGUGGCUUCAUGUUAUUCCUGUUUAAGCACUUCAGAAAAGAAGGGAUUGUGUACAGGAAGCCUCUGAAGCACACGGUACACCAUUAGCCAGCUCUCUCCACUGCUUGUAUCUUAAAUUAUUGUAGCUAAAAAUCAAGCUGUGUGUAAGAUCCCCUGCACAAAAGCCUCUUGAAAUGGCCUGCAUGUUCUCUUCCUGCAGACAGCUGAUAAAGCUCUUUCUGGAUUGUACCACUUUCAUCUUCAGGUGGGAGGGCAGAUGGUUGAUAGUAUUCCUAUGAAAAUAGUUCACUGCACAUAGAAAGCUAGCAUAUGAGGGACAGAGUUAGGCUGGAAUUCUUGCCCCCGGACACUCAGGUUAUUAAAGUAUUUUGCCUAUAUGUAUGUCUUUUUUAAGGGGAAUUAAACUGUGUGGUUAUGCAUGUAAAAUUCAGCUGAGAUAUGCACAUUCCCCAAGACCUGUUGAGUAUUAUGUAGAUAGAUUGCGCAAUGUGCACAAUUCCCUCUUUACAGAAGGGUUAUGUAUACAUUUUCCAUGAAGCAUGGUGAAUGUACACAAUGCCUGCUUGUUAUGCCCAUUAACUGCUCAACUUACAUUACACACACACAUAAAUAUAUGUAUUGGCAAAGCAUUCUGUCCUCUGACCUGCCAUGGAACAAUCGUGAGAUAGCUAUCGCUAAAUCUGAAGACCCACAUGUGGGUCUGUCAGCUGCUCAGACAGCUAAGAUAUAAAUGCAACAAACGCACCUGCCCUUUCUGUGAACUAUGUGUUGGUUGUGAAAUGCAAAACAGCUUUUCACGUGAAUUGUCAUUAUAGAAAGGGUUUUUCUGCAAAGGAUAUGCAUGCAGUCAGUAAUGGUGAUCCAUCUGGUUAGCUGUUGCAUAUGUUGCAGCUGCCACGGAUGACUGAAAAGUUUCUGCCAAAUCACUAGUUGAACCCUUCCCUGAUGUGUGAUGCUUUAUGUUAGGGAUGGAGAACCUGUGGCUCUCCAGAUGCUCCACCAUCUCCCGCCAGCAUAGUCAACGGUCAAGAAUGGGAACUGCCAUCAAGUCACAUCUGGAGAGCCACAGGUUCUCCAUCCUUGCUUUAUGCAUUAAAUUGUAACCCAAACUACAUAUCAAUCACUCUACAAAUCUGUGUGUUUCUUUCAAUGAGGGUGUGCCAGAAGUGAGCUAAAGGCUAUCACAGACUUCUGGCUGAUGAUGAAAAUGCACCUUGAAACAUAGGCCUAGAUCAGCUGCAAGUGGCGUAGCUGGUAAAUUCCACAGAAAUAGUCAAGAAUGAGUCAAGAGUGUCUGCUCUCUUUGCAACCAAGAGUGUGACUCUUUGGGUGUGACUCAGUUCUGGCACCUGUUUAAUAUAGGAUUCUGCCCAACUCCCAGGGGUGUGGUUGCAGUAAUGAAUACCUGUCAAGAGGUAGCAGGUGUUCCCAUUGCUUAGAUUCAAGCAGUGCUGCUCUGUGCUUUUGGUGCUGGAGAUCAGCCUUGGAGCAUACAAACAAGAAUGCUUCCACAACACUGGCCUGGGUCACACUGCAUGUUGAGCCAUACCAUAGCUUGAUGCGAUUGUGUGAAUCUGCAAGCUCCUGGAGAGUUCAUAGGCUCUUUGCUUCUUCCUGGCCUUUCUCUCUGUCGUGCUGCACUGAGCUAAGCCCAGGUUUAGCAUAGCAUGCCUUCUGAACUGGGUCUCAUGGUUAAUCUCUCUCCUCAUUAACCAAGGUUUGUUAUUGGCCUUAGCUUAUGGUGAGUGAGGAGAGAGUUUAGCACACUAAAAAAAGACACACUGAAUCAUGGCUUAGCAUAGCACAGUGUGAGUGCGAAAAGGAUGAGGGAGCAGCAAAGCAGCAGUGAGCUCCUCACUGGGAGCCUGCCCAUAUGCAAAGUCCUGGUAAGCGUAAUUCAGAGCUUUCCAAACUGUGUGCUGAGACACGUUAGUGUGUCGAUUGCAGUGUGUAGGUAUGUUGCGUGAAUGCUCCCCGUGCUCCUCCUGGGGGUGGAAAAGGGUUAGUUCAACCUCCGGUUUGCUAGUAAAACUGAAUUACUGUGUCACGAAAUGAUGCAUGUCUAAAAAAAUGUGCCACCAACAUGAAAAGUUUGGAAAGCUCUGGCCUAAUUACUAUGUGAUGUGAACCAUGCAGUUAAAUCAGACGGAAUAAACAGCUUCAGGUCCCUGCUCAGCUAUGAAGUGCACUGGGUGAGCGUCAGUGCCUCUGCCCAUGUGUAAAAUACCUUUCCCUUACCACUGUUUAUGUUUAACUGAACAACCUGAACUUGUCAAUACAUGUGAUGGAAUCCCAUAUGAAAAUAGUGACAAUCUGGAAGUGCCCAGUGUGGGUCAAGGUGAUGGAAUAAUAAUGGGUUUACCAGCUCUUAGCUUCUUUAGGUAUUGAAUGAUGAACAGUAAUUCAGCAGCCACUUCUGUGGAGUUAAUGCUGCUUGCAUAGUUUCCAUGUGGGGUGACAGCACAUCAGAGAAAUGGAAGAUGCUUCUCCAAAGACAGUCCUACCCACCCCCACAUCACUGCUGCUGGUCUUCCUGUAAAUAAGUUCCCAGUGUUACAGAAGUCUUGUCAUUCUGCAGGUAUCUUGUGCCCUUCCCUGGGGUUUCUGGCUCACAAUUCAUGUUUGCUUAUUGCUGAUUUGCAUAAUCUAUUUUGAAAGCCAAAUGGUAUUUCCUGGGAGCAGUAUUUGGAACUGGGUGUGACCAAAGCCCUGAGCAGAGCCUCUUCCCAUUUGAAUGAGACUGCCUAGCCAGUUCUGAAUGAGGAAAUUCAGAACACUUUUCUCCCUAUCUAGAGUCCCCUUUGAAAAGAAAAGAAUAAAAAGGAAAGUGGCCAUGCUAGUAGGUGAGCUGAUAUCAAAAUUUACAAAUGUUUUUCAUCUGUAUGUGCAGGAAGACCUGUUGCGUUUCCAGCAGGAAACAGCUGGAUACUUUUUUUAAAAAACCAAACAAAAGCUUGUGCUACACAAAAGAUACAGAUCAGCCAUUGCUUUAGCCAUACCUUUACAUGAACCUCUGGCUUUGUUUGUAUGAUUGUUGUAUAAAUAUUUAGCACAGCAACAGCCACCAGUGACCUUGGAAUGGUAAGGCAAAUUAAAUGAAGGGUAGUUUGCUGGACCAACAGUUCGUGAUUGGCUGCUGGCCUGAUUUGGUCCAAAGGGCUGCCAUUGUACAUGACUGGUCUGUACAAUGUGGCUGCUUGCACAUUUUCCAGCUAUGUUCAGCAGAUGAUGAGAGAGACAUACUUGCCAUUGCAGAACAAGCCAAAACCUCUGCAUCAGGACAUUCUUUCCCCAUUUCAACAGAGCUACUACUUAGGCUAUUUCAGGCCUGAAUAUCUAGCGCACUUACCUCUUUGGCAGCAGCUGACCGAACACCUGCCCUGAGCAAUCUCUGUCUAACCAUCUCAUCUCUGCCAUCUCCCAGUGUGUGUCUCUUGCCCCAGCUGACACUCUGUAAACUUUCUGAGCAGCUCCAGUUUCAACACAUUGCAGAGAAGAAUGAGCAACCAGUUAGCACCAAGUUAAUAAUAAAUAUAAAUAAAAUUUUAUUUAUACCCCGCCCUUCCCGGUUCAGAAAACCGGGCUCAGGGUGGCUAACAACAAAUUUAAAACACUUAAUUGAUGCAACAAAAACUAACAUAAAAUACAGUAUAAAACGUGAAUACCAAUAAAUUCAGAAUUCAAAUAUCAGUUUAGGAAAAUCCAUCCAAUAAACAGUAGAUGAUCACCAGGGCUAGCUGGCUAAAUUAGUCCUAUUUGGGCCAGUGAAUAAACCAGGGGAUAAUUAGCUGUCGGAUCCCAGAGUGGGUAAUCUUCAUAAAAAGGGGAGGGGGAAAGAAGGAAGGGGAAUAAAAGGUCAGGCUAAGUUCAAAUUGAAAGCCAGGUGCAAUAGCUCUGUCUUACAGGCCCUGCAGAAGGAAGUUAAAUCCUACAGGGCCCUGGUCUCAUGGGACAGAGCAUUCCACCAGGUCAGCGCCAUCACUGAGAAGGCCCUGGCCCUGGUGGAGGAUAAUCUGACUUCCUUAGGGCCUGGGACCUCUAAACUAUGAUUAUUCAUGGACCUUAAGGUCCUCUGUGGGGCAUACCAGGAGAGGUGGUCCCGUAAAUACGAGGGCCCUAAGCGACAAAGUUACUACUAACGUUGCUCCUAACUGAGCUCCAAUGGGCUAGUAACUUUUGUGGGCUUAAUUGCAAGGCAGAAGUACACCAAGAUGUGACAAUAAUUGUGCAGUGAACACUCAUUGGGCUGAUUCUGUGUGCUCACUCUUUGGCCUUCCUUCCUACCUCUUUUAGCAGUCCUGAUGUGCAUCUGCUUGGUGUCGGUCACCUAUGGAGCUUUGGUCUGCAACGUCCUGGCCAUCCAGAUCAAGUAUGACGACUACAAGAUCCGCCUGCACCCGCUGGCCUUCAUCUGCAUCAUCCUGUGGCGUAGCCUGGAGAUCUCCACCCGCAUCACCAUCUUGGUCCUCUUUGGGAGUGUCUUCAAGUACUAUGCCAUGGGCAUUGGUGGGGCCAACUUCCUGCUCUUCUUCUUCUUGCCCUGGGUGCAGUUUUGGUGGAGUGGUGCCCAGCUGCCUGACAAUGUGGAGAAGAACUUCAGCCGGGUGGGCACCCUCUCGGUCCUGUUCUCCAUCACUUUGCUUUACGCUGGCAUCAAUAUCUUCUGCUGGUCAGCUGUGCAGCUCAGGCUGGGUGACCGGGAAUUGAUUGCCAAGUCACAAAACUGGGGAUGCUUGGCUCUCUUCUAUGUGUUCCGAGGGCUGGAGAACAGUGUGCUGCUUGUCGUCUGGUACUUCUUUAUGACGGACGUUUACGCGUACUUCUGUGCCCCCUUUCUGGUGCUGCAGCUGAUUGUAGCCUACUGCUUGGCUAUCGCCUUCAUGCUCUUCUUCAUGCAGUAUCUCCACCCCUGCCGCAGCCUCUUUACGCACAACGUCUCUGACUUCUUGCAGUGCGUCUGCUGUAAGCGGGACGAAGCACCUGAACCCCUGGACCUUGAGCCUCCCUGGGAGCCUGGCGUGAAGCAUAGCAUUGUCUGAUGGGACAUAAGUCAAACUCAAAUCAUAAAGCAUUCUGCUGAAGGUGGAACGGAAACUAUAUCCUAACAUCCCAACAGGGGCAUACCCCACACCUGGCCUCAGCAGGUAUAAUUUAUCAACAAGGGAGCAAUGCAGGGAGUCAUAGUGGCAGGACUGGUCCUUCCAGAGCAUCAUCUGAACUGACAGAUCAAAUUGGGAUGGGCAAUAAGGGGAGCAAUUUCAAUUUCCUUAUCUGCCUGCAGAGCCUGGAGUAGUCUGCAUUGCACACCAAUGCAGCAGGGUGUAUUACGUUCAGAAGGACUGUGUUGUCAUUUCUAGAUGAUAACCAUUGACUGAUGUUAUGUCAGAUGUUUGAAGAAGAAGAAAAAGCCUAGUUGAAGGAUACUCAGUUGGGUUGAACUCAUGGUUAGCUUAAGUAAGGGGAGAUCCUUUGGAAGGGUGGUUAAUGGGUCUUGCUGCGGCAGCCAUCUGUUUACACCACUGCAUCCACAUGGGCACCAUGGUCUAUCUUAGGAUGGAUAGAAUUGUGGCUCCGCAUUUUCAAGGAUAGUCCUGACAGUUGUGACAGCUGAGGCUCUAAGACUUGGUUAUCCUUCAGCACCGUUGGUGCUCCUCCCCCGUUUAUUUCCCCUCUCCCUGUGUUUAUUUAUAUGUUGAGCUUAGAAUAAAUAUUUUAAAGUGUUUUUUUUUCAUUUUAAAGGAAUUUAGCCUCUUUUUAUGCUCUGGUUUCUUCUAUGCCAUUCAGAGCAGCAUGACCACAUGAUUGGUCAGCAAGUCCUGGGUAAGGAGUAGAGCCCAGGGGAGAAGGUGGCGAUGUGCCUUCAAACCCAUAGGAGUGCUGUAACCAAAUGCAUAUUUGUACCUUUCACAGGACAAGUCAAUCUAAGGGGCAGCCCUUUAGCAGCACACUUCUGUGUGGAAGGUGGCCACCUUAGUGUGGUGGAGUCUGGGGCUGAGAUCAGCCCCUAUUGAUGCUGUGCCUUCUGAACUGGGUCAAGCUUUUUACCCCCAUGUGCAAAUUAUGCUGAAGAAAUUUUAAGCCACAGGUCUGGGCCGAGGGGGAGCUGUCCAAGUUUGUUACUACAUGCAAAUAGAAGUUGGGCUUGCUCGCUCACAGUCUGGGCAAGGCUCACCCUCAACAGUCCCCAUUGUGCAAUACCCUGUGGGAAAGGAGGCUCCUAACAGAUGUGAGACAUGCAAGUGUGAGAGCCCUUUGGCACAUUCAGCUAAUUGUAUCGGGGGAUCAAGGCACACUGUUUUAAAGAAUCCAGUCCCUACAGUGUUUAUUUAGAAGGAGCUUCAGUUUUGUAUAGCUAAUAGAUAGGGUUGUGACUCUAGUUGUUGCUGAACUGCAACUGCUAUGGUCCAUGAUAAUUGGCCACACAGGCUGGGAAUGAUGGAAAUUGAAGUUUUAAUGAUGUCUGGUAGGCCACAAGUUUCCCUAUCAAAGAUAGUUCCAUAAACACAAUUUAGGUUCCUUCAGAACCUCUGGAUUUCUGUUGUUUAGUAUCUUGACUGCAGCUGUUUCCCAGUUAGCUAUGUUUUGGUGACAUUAAACAUUUAUUUUCUUUUUUUAAAAAACUUCUUUUCUUGCUCAAGACCUGGUGGGCCUUCAAGUUACCUUGUUCAAAUAUAUGUUAUUUAAAUUCUCUUAAUGACCUGUGAAUUUCCUUUUCCACAAAUAAAGUACCUUUAUUUAUUAGUUAUAUGUGUUAAGGCAGGGAUUUCCAAUGUAGUGCCCAUGGACACUGGUGUGCUUGCAAAUGCUUUCUGUGGUGCUUGUGAAAGGUCUCAGUAAAUAACCCUUCAAAAAAUUCACAACACACAAGAGACCAUUUGCUCUUCCUGCUUGGUUCCUGCUUGCACUGACUCAGCCUUUCCUACCUUGAACACGACUCCUUCAUUGGAUGCAAGGACUGGACACCCACCUUCCCUUCCAUUCUGAACAGAGUAGAGGAGCAAAAUGCUUCUCUGUGCACUGGGCAAUGGAUGUGCACUUUCAGAAGUGGCAGCCACUUUGCGUUUAUGCCAUUCCACCACCACCCCACUCCCUGUAGCUAUUUUGUGACUACUUAUCAAAAUUCCAAAUGUGUGUCCACUGGUCCCAAAAGGUUGCUGACCCUUAAGGAUUGCAGUAGAGAAUAAAAAAUUGGUUGCAGAUAGGAUCUGGACACCUCAUCCAUCAUGACUUUGAACUGAAGCCUCUCUCUUUCUCAUACAACACAUGGUACAAAGUAAGAACAUAUCUCAAGGAAGCCAAUUCAAUAACUGAUAAAGAGUUCCACAGAAACAUAUCUCUACACCCAUGGGUAGAAUUUCACAGUCUCCUAUCUAGCAUGUACCAACAUCAGCAAUGGAAGACCUAGCCAGAGAUAAGAGUUGAGUGCAAACCAGCCCUUAGGAAAAUCUUGAUCUCAGUUUGCACCUCACAACUUUCUGGUUCUUGAUGAUUGCUUUGCACCAGACUGACAGACCAACAGGGCUGUGAAUUCAGAAAACUCUAGGCUCAGGUGUCACAUGUGAUAUACUCUGCUUUUAUGCAUGUUUCCUAAAAACAACAACGCAUAUCUCCCCACAGAUUUUCUGUUUACCAAGGAUUAUUUAAAUGCAGCACUGGAGAUCUUAGCCCACAGGUUUCCAAACUUCCCACUGUCCGCCAGUCACUUGAAAACUACUGUUGGUUUUUGCAAACCACUUAAUGAUUUUUAUGCCUCUUCUAGCAAUUAUAGGGUUGCCAUAUUUCAUAUAGUGAAAAUCUGACAGAAAAGUAGUUGUCAAGCUUUUUUUUUUUUUUUUUUAAGUUUUGCCCAAAGUUGUUGAGCUAUUUAUGAAAAAAAAUCUGCAAAAAACGACACUGCCAACAAGGGUUGCCAUACGUCCAGAUUUUCCCAGACAUUCCAUCAAUUUCCACUCGAACACUGUCUGUGGCUGCAGUAUUCCAUGCAUGUCUCGUACUUUCCGGACUUCUGGCAACCCUAAGCAAUUACAAUGUGGUGUGAUUUUUUAUUUUAUGUUUUAUUGAUUCUUUUAUUGCUUAUAUUGCAUUUUAUUGUAUUACACAGUUUGCAUUCUUCAGAAUUCAAGUUGUAAAUCAUUAAAAUGCAAUAUAAACAAUAAAAGAAGCAACAAAGAUACAAUUAAAACUAAGUAAUGGAUCGUUAAUGUGGGCAUGUUGCUGACUACCUGAAGAAGGCUUAUGCGUCCUUAGACCACAGCUUGGGAACCCCUAAUCUAGAGGUUUUAGGGUGGCACUGUGGUCUAAACCACAGAGCCUAGGGCUUGCCAAUCGGAAGGUCGGCAGUUCGAAUCCCCUUGAUGGGGUGAGCUCCCGUUGUUCAGUCCCAGCUCCUGCCCACCUAGCAGUUUGAAAGCAUACCAGUGCAAGUAGAUAAAUAGGUACCGCUCCAGCGGGAAGGUAAAUGACGUUUCUGUGCCAAUCAUCCCUGCCCAUCCGGAGACCCACAGGUUCCCACCCCUGGUCUACAAUGAUUGGCAGUGGCUCUCCAGGGUUUCAGGCAGAAAACUUUACCAACCAUCCCUAGAGAUCCCAAGGAUUGAACCGAUGGCAUUCUGCAUGCAGAACAUGGGCCUAGCGGCCCUAGCCCUUUCCCCCAGAUAGCAGAGUUGUAAAAUACAGCUUUUUCAGACUGGAAGAGGAAGAUAACAUGUUGGAGAUGUACACGUACAUAGAAAGUCAAGGAAAAGGCUAGAGUAGACUACAGUGGUACCUCGGGUUACAGACGCUUCAAGUUACAGACUCUGCUAACCCAGAAAUAGUACCUCAGGUUAAGAACUUUACCUCAGAAUGAGAAGAAGAAAUUGAGCAGCGGCAGCGGGAGGCCCCAUUAGCUAAAGUGGUACCUCAGGUUAAGAAUAGUUUCAGGUUAAGAACGGACCUCCAGAACGAAUUAAAUUCUUAACCUGAGGUACCACUGUAUUGAUCUAUUGAUCUGCUGCUGCUGCUCUGGUGAGUGCUGGGAGGACCGCUCCCUCUCCUGCCAACUCCAUCCGGCCUAGGGGGUGGGGCCUGCACUCACCACUACAGUUUAGAGGCCUGCAGCAAGUGACAAAAAUGGUUUUAAAUGUUUUAAGUGCUUUUAAUUUGCUGCACCUUAAAUGGUGGUUGUUGUUUUUUAUAAUAUUAUAUUAUUUUAUUUCUGCUUGGGGUGGGAUAAGUAUUUAGUCAGGGUGGGGAGUAGUUUAAUUUUAGCACUAUUAUUUCUUGCUUUGUUUUUGUUGUUAUUAUUAUUAUUAUUCUGUUAAGUUAUUAUAUAGUUUGUAUUUUGCUUUUUAAGGGGAAGGAUCAGGGCUGCCUGGGACAGGGCCUCAGCCAAUAGAAUGUCUGGGGCAGGUUCCACGGGGGGGGCGGGGGGGAAUGUAUUGGGACACCUGAUCUCAGUGAUCACGGGCAGGAGGAGGAGUUAUGCUAAGACCAGACCAUGUCAUUACCGAGGAGGCAGGUUUAGUCGUUGUUUGAGGACUAUCCCUGCCUCCAGGUCUGGUCCUGACCGGAAGGAUACUGGAAUCAGCAAGGGAAACCCACAUGACCUGAAAGUGUUGCUGUGCAAUGCCAGGUCAAUGAUGAAUAAAACCACUGCCAUCCAUGACCUGAUUGUGGAUGGAGGAUUUGACCUGGCAUGUGUGACAGAGACCUGGUUGGAUGAAGCAGAUUGGCCUGUCCUUGCCGCUGCUUUCCCACCAGGUUUCUCUUACGCACAGCAACCCAGGUCAUGUGGGCAGGGAGGGGGGGUUGCAGUGAUUUUUAGGAAGUCAUUAGUCUGCACCAGGCGUCCUAUUGGGAAGACCUAGUUUUCUGAGUGCAUGUUCUGGAAGUUGGGCAAUAGGGGCAGUACAGGAUUCCUUUUAGUGUACCGACCUCCCCGCUGCAUCAAGGAUUCCCUGCCCGAGCUGCUUCGGGUUAUGGUGGAUAUGCUCCUGGAGACACCUAGUUUGGUUGUCCUGGGGGAUUUUAACAUCCAUGCCGACACGACCUUACAAGGGGCCGCUCAGGACUUCGUGGAAAGCAUGGCCUCCAUGGGGCUGUCCCUGAAUAAGUUUGGCCCAACUCAUAGCCGCGGACAUGCCUUAGACUUGGUGUUUACCUCUACGGAUGUUGAUGAUCUGACACUAACUAAAAGUGAAACAAAAGAAGUGCCAUGGUCAGAUCACUUCCUGGUGCAACUGGACUUCUCCGCGACCCUUCUCCUCUGCAGGGAGGUGGGACCGAUUUGAAUGGUCCACCCCCGCUACUUAAUGGACCCAAUAGGCUUCCAGCGAGCGGUAGGGGAUGUUUUAUCCCAAGUUGAUGGCCUUUCAGCUGAGUCCCUGGUGGCCCACUGGAAUACGGAGUUAACCAGGGCUAUUGACUGUCUGGCUCUGAAGCGCCCUCUCCGAUUGCAUGGAGCCCAGACAGCCCCAUGGUUUUCCCUGGAGCUGAGGGCGAUGAAACAAUCACUGAGACGGCUAGAGCGCCAGUGGCGGAAAACUCAUUCUGAAUCAGACUGGACACAGGCUAGAGCUCAACAUCGAGCCUACCAAGUAGCAAUGGCAACGGCAAAGAGGGCCUUCUUCGCCGCCUCCAUUGCAUCUGUAGAAAACAGCAACAGGAGACUUUUUCAGGUGGUUCGCAAUCUAUUGGAACCACCUGCACCACCGGGGCCUGGUAGGGACCCCAAGAUCUCCUGCAAUGCUUUUGCAAAGUUUUUUGCACAUAAAGUCGCUCAGAUUCAGAAGGAGGUAGACUCCACCGUGGGAGCAGGGCCAGGGCGGGAGAGUGUUAGAGUUCUGUCUAGUCAUGUUACAUGGGAUCAAUUCCAAUCUGUUACCUCUGAGGAUGUGGACAGGCUGCUUGGACACGUGAAAUGAACCACUUGUCUCCUUGAUCCUUGCCCAUCCUGGCUAAUAAAAGCAAGCCCGGAAGGGCUGGGCGAUGGGCUCUGCGGGGUGAUGAAUGCUUCCCUCUGCGAGGGAGCCUUCCCAGACCUGCUGAAAAACAGCUUCUUAAGAAAACAUCUUUAGACCUGACCAAUAUAGCCAACUAUCGCCCAGUUUCAAAUCUACCAUUCUUGGGCAAGAUGAUUGAACGGGUGGUUGCUGAACAACUCCAAGGACGCCUGGAGGAUGCGGGCCAUUUGGAUCCCUUCCAGUCGGGAUUCAGGCCUCACCAUGCGACUGAAACUGCCUUGGUUGCACUGGUCGAUGAUCUCCGGUGGGCUAGGGAUAAAGGUGAGAGCUGUUUCCUUGUUCUGCUGGAUCUCUUAGCAGCCUUUGACACCAUCGACCAUAACAUCCUUCUGGACCGUGUUGAGGGGCUGGGAGCUGGGGGCACUGUUAUACAGUGGUUCCGCUCCUUUCUCCUGGGUCGUGUCCAGAAAGUGGUGGUGGGGGAUGAGUGUUCAGACCCCUGGGCUCUCACUUGUGGGGUGCCUCAGGGUUCCAUCCUCUCCCCCGUGCUUUUUAAUAGCUAUAUGAAGCUGCUGGGAGAGAUCAUCAGGGGGUUUGGGCUGGGUGUUCAUCAGUAUGCAGAUGACACCCAGCUCUUCCUCUCUUAAAUCAGAAUCAGUGAAGGCGGUGAAGGUCCUGUGUGAGUGCCUGAAGGCGGUUGGAGGGUGGAUGCCAGCUAACAGAUUGAGGUUCAAUCCUGACAAGACAGAAGUACUGUUUUUGGGGGACAGGGGGCGGGCGGGUGUGGGGACUCCCUGGUCCUGAAUGGGGUAACUGUGCCCCUGAAGGACCAGGUGCGCAGCCUCGGAGUUAUUUUGGACUCACAGCUGUCCAUGGAGGCGCAGGUUAAUUCUGUGUCCAGGGCGGCUGUCUACCAGCUCCACCUGGUACACAGGCUAAGACCCUACCUGCCCGCAGACUGUCUUGCCAGAGUGGUGCAUGCUCUAGUUAUCUCCCGCUUGGACUACUGCAAUGCGCUCUACAUGGGGCUACCUUUGAAGGUGACCUGGAAACUGCAAUUAAUCCAGAAUGCGGCAGCUAGACUGGUGACUGGGAGUAGCUGCCAGGACCACAUAACACUGGUCCUGAGAGAUCUGCAUUGGCUCCCAGUACAUUUCCGAGCACAAUUCAAAGUGUUGGUGCUAACCUUUAAAGCCCUAAACGGCCUCGGUCCUGUAUACCUGAAGGAGCAUUUCCACCCCCAUCGUUCAGCCCAAACACUGAGAUCCAGCGCUGAGGGUCUUCUAGCGGUUCCCUCAUUGCGAGAAGUGAGGUUACAGGGAACCAGACAGAGGGCCUUCUCGGUAGUGGCGCCCACCCUGUGGAACACCCUCCCUUUAAAUGUGAAGGAAAUAAGCAGCUAUCCUAUUUUUAAAAGACAUCUGAAGGCAGCCCUGUUCAGGAAAGUUUUUAAUAUUUAAUGCUGUACUGUUUUUAACACUUGAUUGGGAGCCGCCCAGAGUGGCUGGGGAAACUCAGCCAGAUGGGCGGGGCAUAAAUAAAUAAAUAAAUAAAUAAAUAAAAUAAUUACUGGUCUAAGGGAGCAGAACCUGCAGCCUUCAGGAUGAUACUGGACUACAACUCUCAAAUCUUAUUGGCCGUUGGCCAUGCUGUCUGGGGCUGAUGACAGUUGGGAGUCUGACAACAUUUGAAGGCCGCCCUGUUCCCUAUCCCUGCGUCAUUAAGAUAAAUAAAUAUAACACCCUUGAUUUAAUAAGUACAAUAAUAUAUUGCUCAUGUUUUACUGUAAGCCUCAUGCUUAUCAGGUGCCUAAAACAGAGAGCAGCAGCAGCCAAGGUGGUUUUGGAACGUUAAGUUAGUGUUUUCAGUUUUCUCCGGAUUUGAAACGAAACAGAUGAAGAGGAGCUCUCUUCUCAAAAGAUUGGUCCUUUAUCCUGUAAUGCAGUAAGGCUAGCAUAAUAGAACUGGGGCCCACAUGUUUUCCAGAAUGGUAUUUUAUGGAAUCUCGGGUCGACAUGGGUUUAGUAAGCGUCUUCAGUCUAAAACUGAGAAGAUGCAGAAAUCAACCACUAGAUGGCAGCUGUGAUUUGGUUUAGGCUAGAAGCAGAGAAAGAUGCAAGGCCUCAGAGUGGUGCUCAAAAUAAGAAUAACUGAAGUUUUUAAAACAAUAUAGUUAUAUCAUUACUGAAAUGCCCAAUGUGUUUGUAUUAAAGGUUGCAGAAAGGCCAUAGUUCAAUGGUAGAGUAUCUGAUUUGCACAUAGAAGUUACAAGGUUCAUUCCCUGCAUCCUCAGGUAGGUCUGAAAAGAUUCUACUGUAUGUCUGACAUCCUGGAGAGCUGCUGCCAGUCCGUGCAGACACUACUGACCUAGAUGGACCAAUUCUCUGACUCAGUAGAAGGCACUUUCCUCUGUUAACAUUCUGCUCUCAAGUGUAUUGGGCUUUUUGCUAUUAUAUAGAAUUAUAUUAUUUGAUAGCUUGAUUUGUUUUAAAGCACCGUUUUACAAACUUAGCCCUUCCUCAACUUCUUUUGGUUUUGGGUGCUGCCCCACUUUCCCCACUGUGACCUAGAGCAAAAAUGUAGAGCUGAAAAGAAAGUUUGAAAUUGUCCAGAAUUUCAAGUUUUGCUAUUCCCGUUUGGAAUGUGAAAUACUGAACUCCCAACAUUGAAAUAUGCAUUUUGAAUUUGAAAUUUUACCUCAAUAUUCAAGUGCUUUAUUCACAUUGUGUCUCAGCGGAUAUCAAAUAUGGAAUCUCAAAAGCUGUCAAAUCCUAAAUGUAUGUUGUCUGUCAAAUGCUAUCAAGUGCCAAAUAUUAUUUCAUGUUAACAAUAGUAUGCAAUCAGACACUAAAUAUUGCAUGCCAACCAUAAAAUAUUGUUGAAUCAUUACACAACAGGUAUUAAAUAUUGUGAAAGGUCAACUACUGAAACAAAAUGUUGUAGGCUGUCAAAUACUUGGCAGAUAUCCUGCUUAAGAAAAUGAUGUGGAGACUAUUUCACAAAAGUGGCAGAGGAAAAAUUCUGAGUUGGUUUUUUUUUUUUUUGAUAAGUUGGAAGCAACUUUCAGUUCAGCUCUACUAGCUGCAGAGUGCGUACAAGUACUAUCUUGCCCAAGGUUCUUCCGGGCAAGAAAAACCAUGAAACUUCCAAACAAAUCAAACCACAGAAAACAAAACAGCAUUGUAAGACUUUGCUUAGAAGUACUUGCAAGUUCGCAAUCUGAGAUGUUGGAGAAUUCCAUCAGCAGUAGAAAUGGGAGUGGAAAUUACUGCACUUCUAUGUUUGCUGGAGGUCAGGAACAGAAAUCAUGCCAGAAAGUAUUAGUAGUAUUCACUAUCGGGGAAGGGAGGCACCUGCAAAUUAUGUUUCUUUCUGCAUUGUUUGUGGGGAGGUUAUACAACAAUGAACAGUCCUCCCCCCCCCCAUUAAUAUUUUUCCGAUGUCGUGCCCGAUGGUCUCAGGGGGCCCUCCCCUUGCUGUUGCGCUAGCACUUGUGGUGGCAGAGAAAGUGUUCCUCUUGGCAUCAGGAGUCCUCAGGUUUCCCUCACAGCUGGCAUUCUCAGGGCCAUGGGAUGAUACUUCCGGGGGGUGGGGAGCCUCCAUUACAUCAUCCUUCUCCAUGCCAGCGUGGGAGCCACCAGUGUUGCUACCUCCAGGACUGACCGUCCUCCAGCUGCCACCUGGGUAGGUUCAAUCUUGGGUGUCUUGAGACCUGAGAGGUUCAGAAUUGGCCUCAUCCUAAACUCCAGCUGCCACCUGAAGAACGGAUGUCGACUCAUCCCCAGGUGGAAGGCCCUCACCACAAAGGCCCCUGAGAGCCUUGGCCUCACAUAAGUUCUGUUGGUUACCCCCUCUGCUACGGCCAGCUGCCAGCCCUGUGGCUUCAGAGUCUCUGGCGUCUUGAGAGUGGACCCCCCCCCCCCCCGGCUUCCCUAGGUGCCUUUCAGUUGAGUAAUAUAUCUCGACCCAGGCUCCAUGCUGACCAUUUAAUCAGUCUGUUUCAGUUAGGAGUACAGUGGUACCUCGGGUUACAUACGCUUCAGGUGACAUACGCUUCAUGUUACAGACUCCGCUAACCCAGAAAUAGUACCUCAGGUUAAGAACUUUGCUUCAGGAGGAGAACAGAAAUCGUGCAGUGGCGGCGCAGUGGCAGCGGGAGGCCCCAUUAGCUAAAGUGGUGCUUCAGGUUAAGAACAGUUUCAGGUUAAGAACAGACCUCCAGAAUGAAUUAAGUUCUUAACCCGAGGUACCACUGUACUGCUGGCAUGCAGGACAGUUGGAUUCACAAGCUAAGAAGGUAGAGGCAAGCCCAAAUAGAACACUCUUGUAACAUAGCGUCUUCGGUAGCAAUAACCUUUCUCCACCUCCCUUAGUUCAUUUAAAACGCCGAGUCAAAGCCUGUGUCAGAGUCAGUUCGGAAAAAAGUUCAGAAGAUUAAUUAAAAUUGUUUAGAGUUACGAGUCCUUGAAAUAGGCUGGGCGGUAGCUGUUAAGCUGUUCGACUUUGUUAGAUCUAAUUUAUGGUGCCAACUUCACAAGUUCUCUGAUAUAAGACCCCAGGUUACCAAACACAUAAAACAUACCCUACUUUCGAUAAGAAGAGGGUUUAAAAGUUACAAAACUAAAAAGUUGAAAAAGUUAAAAGGAGUAGGAGCCCCCAACAUACAAUUGAGGAGAGCUCUAACAAGCGCAUGUAAUCUAGCGUACCAUCUGGAUCCAGUACUCCAAGGAGAAUUAGUAGUAAAUUCCCUUCCUUCUGUCUCUCGCGCUCUCUCCCCCUUGUUAGUUAAUGACACUUUUGACCCUUGAAAACACACACAUAAAAAUGCUGAAUUCCCCACUGCUCUAAUUAAAACCUGAAGCUGGUAUUCAUGCACUAAUUUGAAUAGAUUGAUCACAGAGAUUUAUCUCUGAACUUCCUGGUAGCGGCAAACCUUUUAAACCUUAAAAUUGUGGUGUGUUCCUAUGCAUGCCUCAGAAGUAACUCAUCAUAAUCAAAUAUAAGGCAGGUUUUCCCAGUCAAGCCCAGAUUGGUGUAAUAUGCUCAAAUCAUCUUGCCUCAGCGAGCAUCCGGGUUGCUGAAUUCUGCACCUGCCGAAGCUUCUGAACUGUUCUCAGAGGCAGCCCCACAUAUAAUACAUUGCAGUAAUCCAACCUAGAGGUUAUAGAAAAUAGGAAGAGUAUAAAGAAAGAGUACAGUUGUACCUUGGAAGACAAACGGAAUCCGUUCCGCAAGUCUGUUCAACUUCCAAAAUGUUCAGAAACCAAAGUGUGGCUUCUGAUUGGCUGCAGGAAGCUCCUGCAGCCAAUCGUAAGUCGUGGAAGCCCCGUCGGAUGUUUGACUUCCAAAAAUAGAGUUACAAACCAGAACAUUCACUUCUGGGUUUGCAGCAUUUGGGAGCCCAAACAUUCAAGAACUAAGCUGUUCGAAAACCAAGGUACGACUGCAUUAGAUAAAUUCACAGAACAGAAGGCUACCAAUGGCUAUUAGCCAUGAUGACUAUGCUCUGCCUCCAUGACCAUAGGCAGUAAUGGUUCCGGAUUCCAAUUUAUGGGAAUCACAGGUGGGGAGAGCACUGUUGUACUCAGGUUCUGUUUGUGGGCUUCCCAUGGGCAUCUUGGUGGCCACUGGGGAACAGGAGGCUGAACUACAUAGGGCAUGUGCCUGACCCAGCAGGUUCUUUUGAUGUUCUUACAUUUUUGGGGGGUUACAAAACUGUAUCACAAAAUUAGAAGUAUUGAGUUCCAAAGGAUAACUGUGUUGCAUUUUGCUUAUUAGUCCAGGAUGUAUAAACUAGGUUGGUUUGCAGAACCAAAGAAAUCUGCCCUCCACCCCUAGUACCUAUAUUUUAGAGAGAUUAGAUAGACGAUAGAUAGAUGAUAGAUAGAUAGAUAGAUGGAUAGAUGGAUAGAUAGAUAGAUGAUAGAUAGAUGGAUAGAUAGAUGAUAGAUGAUAGAUAGAUAGAUAGAUAGAUAGAUAGAUAGAUAGAUAGAUAGAUAUGCUGAUCAGCAUCCUUUUGCUUUCCCCAGUAGGGGAAGGGAGACUGAAAACUACUACUCAGCUCAAAGUCCCUGACUACAGUUCUUCCCACUUCCGUCAUAAUUCGCCAGUUCAAGCAGACCCUUCUCUGAAAGCAAGAAGUGGCUCUGCUGUGAAGGUGAUUGAUAUAGUCUAUACCAGGGGUCAGCAACCUAAGGCCCAUGGGGGUUGUUUAACCGGCCCAUGGACCCCUGCCGCCCACUCGGUUGGCUCCUGUGCACCGCACUAAAUCAGCACAGAGCACAGCGGGGACUGCCUUCCACGACGCUGACCAGCUUCCCAUUGGCUGCAGGAAGCUCCUGCUGCCAAUGGAAACCUGCACAUGCCUCCUCUGCGCCGGAAGGAGCGCUGGAAAUAGCGUUUGCGCAUGCGUGUGUGCACUCCAGCCCACCGUGGCGUCUGCAGGACUGUGAACCGGCCCAAGCCCCAAAUACUUUGCCGACCCCGGUCUAUACUUAUCCUUCUAUAGCUCAAGUUUUAUUUUGCUUUUAAUUGGGUCUUUAUAGGCAAUAUUUAUAGGCAGCAGUGACCAUGCCAUUGCUGGGUGUAGCAAUAAAAUUUUCAUAUCCUUGUUCUAUUUUUAAAAAACAAGUCAUUCCCGAAGAACAUUCGAGAAACACAGUAUUCCUACUUUACCUGCUACAUUAAACUUGUCACGUUAAAAGGCUGGUCUUCACUCAUUAAAAGGGCAGACAAACAUUGUAAAAUUAAAAUAAAUCAUGCCUGAAUUUUUUAUCACUACAAGAAAUCUAUACCCACCCAAAGUACACAGUAAAUUAUUCUAACCUCAAUGUUUUGGAGUGCAAAUGUAUUGUGGAAGGCACCUCUGAAAGCUGAGAAGUAGCAGUUGUUUUGGCAGCUAAGUCCAGUGUUCAGGUUCUACACUCUUAUUGACUAAGAAAUAUUUAAGAGAUAUUAGGACACUCAGAAAUACAGGACGGCAGCUAUUCAUGCUUCUGAUGUGGGACACACAAAGAGAUGUAGACAGACAUCAACAAUAUGAUGUGAAACUCACAUCUGCUCCAGACUAAUGACUUAACUGCACUAUACAUUUAAAGCACCAUUGUACCGCUUUAAACAGUCAUUCCUCCAAAUAAUUCUUAAGGGUACUGGGCAGGACUUUUUUCCCCAGCCAGAACUCACCGGAACUCAGUUCUGGCCCCUCUCAGGUGGGUGCCAUUAUAAGAGAACAAGGGAGGAGUUCAUGGUGAGUUCCAGCACCUCUUUUUCUAGAAAAAUAGCACUGGUACUGAGACUUGUUAGGGGACCCCCUCCCCCAACAGGGUUACAGAUCCCACAGUUCCCUUGUAAGAGGGAUUGAUUGUUAAGGGAUUGAUUCUGUAUUUUGUUGCAUGCCAUCCCAAUCUCCAAGUGGUUCCAGACGUUUAUCCAAUCUAGGGGUUCACAGCAUUAACAUGAAUUCCUAGUAAAGCCAGGCUAACUUCCUGGUCAGGUGAUGGCCCUCUAAGUAUAGGAAUUCAUAGGAUCAAAGAACUGUAAAGUUGGAAGGGGCCACAAGGGUAAUCUUGUCCAAGCCCCUGCAAUGCAGGAAUCUUUUUGCCCAGCGUGGGGCUCGAAAUCAUGACCCUGAAAUUAAGAGUCUCAUGCUCUACCAACUGAGCUAAUGCCUGCUGGAUCCAGGAAUUAAAAGGAGGCUCAAGUGUACAGCCUAUCCCUGCAUCCCCUGCAACUCAUAACAACAUUAUAGCUCUGUCACAGGGUGCCUUAAAUAGCUUGACUGCAAAGCUCUGGCUCGAUCUAGACACCUCAAAGAAGCGAUUCAGAUAAGCGCGUUGUAAACUCAUACAGGGAAAUCUGGUUGGUAAAGACAGGACUACACAGUACCAUCUGGUGUCACAGUGUUAUAUCACACAUACAACACAUAUACAGCGGUACCUCGGGUUACAGAGGCUUCAGGUUGCAGACUCCACUAACCCAGAAAAAGUACCUUGAGUAACUUUGCUUCAGGAUGAGAACAGAAAUCGCGUGGUGGCAGCGGGAGGCCUCAUUAGCUAAAGUGGUACCUCACGUUAAGAACAGUUUCAGGUUAAGAACAGACCUCCCGAACGAAUUAAGUUCUUAACCUGAGGCACCGCUGUAAUACGCUUUUCUUUGCUUUGCUCUAUCUGAGUUCUCUGUUUGAAAUAACCUCCCCUAAAGGAGGAUGCUUCAAAGGGCACUGUGUAAAUCCCCAGAGAGGAUACCAGAUGUUGGGCAGCUGGGUACACACAACCAUGUCAAAUUUGGCCUGUGAAGUGGAUCCUGAUAAUGAUAUGGUUUGUGGAACCAAACAGCUUCCCCACCCCUAUGUUGCAUUACAAACUGAAUGAUCCCUGCUGUUGCUAUGCCAGCAUCCUGCCCAUGAUAACAGAGGGUCAUGAUAACACAAGGUCCAGACUGACAUUAUUUUGUAGAAGGGACUCAAGGACAUACUGGAACUUCAAGUUUGUGCAUUUGAUGUGGAUUAAAGCGCUGCUGCUCUAACACAACAAAUCCAUUAUGAACCACCUUCACCCCAUAGUUUUUGCUAUUAGAAAAAUGAUGAGCAAAUGCAUUAAAAGGUGUGGGAACAACAAACGAUGAAAAGGAAUAUGUUUAAACACCCCACAACCAAGAUGAGGAUGAAUGUUCAUGGCCAUAACCAAAUCAGAAUGAAUGCUCAAUAAAGGCUGCUGACUACCAAGCAAAUCAGGAUGAAUGCGAAUAAACAGUGUCACAUCCACACCACACAUUUAAAACACUCUUAUGCCACUUUAAAUGGAAUUGUUAGAAGACCCAUUAGCAAACUACAGUUCCCAGGAUUAUUUGGGAAAAACCAUGACGGUUAAAGUGGCAUGAGAGUACUUUAAAUGUUGGCUGUGGAUGUGAUAUCACAAGUCUGGAGGAGCCCUUUAUUAGAAGGAUUUAUGUUUCUAAGUUGCUUUGAGAAGUUAUUGCGGUUAGGCCUGAAAAGCUAGAUGUGUGCCGCACCCCAUAGUCACCUUUGACAGGACUUAACCAUCUAGGGGGUCCUUUACAUUUACCUUUGCUGUGGUUAGAAAGCACACUACAAUGUUUACAUGAAAGAAACACUUAGAAGUACUCAAAUUAUUUCAUAGAAAGUGUUUAUCUAUAAUGAAUCUAUAAUCAACUCAUCUUGAUUAUUCUGAGCAAGUACUUACCAGAACUGAAGUGGGUGAGAAAUAAUUUUUGUAGCUUUUGGAGUUAACACACACACACACACACACACACACACACACACACACACCACGCGCAACCAUUUCCUUUUAAAAAGUUGAGCAGGGGAAAACCCAACAAUGCUUAUGGGCUUGGCUUAGGACAUCACAUCCCUGCCCAGUUCAUAAAAUCAAUGAAGCAGGUGAAAAGAAGCAAACUUUCUAUUUCCCAGAAGGAGACUCUACAGGCAGAAGGACUCCUGAGAACAGUUCCAAAAAAGGAAGCUCUCCUAGGGUCACAGGCGUGCCAGAUAAGAGACAUCGCAGACUCUCUGAUGGGGCACUGGGCCGUCAACCAUUGGUUUUCAGCUCUUGUGAUUGUAAGUAACUCUUGUUAAGUUCUAAUGGGAUAGAUUUGAGAAGCAAGGAAGAUGCCACACUCUGGGAAUUGUAACUCUGUGAGGGGAAGAGAGGUCUCCAUAUAAUUCUUAGUACCUGUAACAAGGGACGCGGGUGGCACUGUGAGUUAAACCACAGAGCCUAGGGCUUGCCGAUCAGAAGGUCGGCAGGUCAAAUCCCCGUGACGGGGUGAGCUUCCGUUGCUCAGUCCCUGCUCCUGCCAACCUAGCAGUUCGAAAGCACAUCAAAGUGCAAGUAGAUAAAUAGGUACCGCUCCGGCGGGAAGGUAAACGGCGUUUCCGUGCGCUGCUCUGGUUCGCCAGAAGCAGCUUAGUCAUGCUGGCCACAUGACCCGGAAGCUGUCUGCGGACAGAUGCCGGCUCCUCGGCCUAUAGAGCGAGAUGAGCGUGCAACCCCAGAGUCGGUCACGACUGGACCUAAUGGUCAGGGGUCCCUUUACCUUUACCUUACCCGUAACAAACUACAGUCCCCAUGAUGGUUUAAAGUGGUAUGGUGCUGUUUUACAUCUUAUAGUGCAGAUGGGUCCUAAGUUUUAGGUAUGUGCUUGAAUCGCUCCUACAAAAUAAAAGUCUUGAGGUACCUUAAUAGGACUUCUGUCUGAUCUCACAGGGCUCUCCUUAGGUAUUUUAAGGAAAUUUUACAGUUGUGGUGCCACUACUGAGAAGGCACCUGCUCCCAGUUAAGCAUGUAGGGUAUCUUUUGACAUUUACUAACAUAAUAUGUAUGCAGUGCUUUUUUUCUGGGGGGACUCAGGUGUAUGCAUACCCCUAAACAUUUUGUAAAUCUAAAUUUGGCCUCAUUGAGGGGCAGUAUUUCAAUAUGAGUAGGAAAAUGAGAGUACAGUACUCCUAAACUUUUUUUAAAAAGAAAAAAGCACUGUAUGUAUGUAGAAGGGAUCUGUUUUUUGCUUCUGUACAAUUAGGAGGAUGCCCUAGAACAGUGAUCUUCUAUGUUCCGGGAUGGAUCAUUUUUUCUGAAAGAUAACUGGAUUUAUGUACUCCCUCUCCAUGUAUGCCUAUAAAUACAUGCCCAAAUGCAAGCUGAAGCUAACACUUCAUGCCUCUGAUGAAGUGGAAUCUAGAUUGGGGAUGGAAGGAUCUGUCAAUUUCAUUUCUCACAAAUUCUAUUUUUUUUUUCAAUCUUAUAUUCAGUUUUCCAUAUUUCUGCAGCAAUUUGUGACUUUCUUUUUUUAAAAAAUCUUUAUCAUUUUUGAGUGAAUUACUCCCAAUAAAUGCAUUUUUAACAUAGUCUUAACUGAAGUACACAUUUAUGCAAGUAAUUUCUUCGAAUAUAAUGCAAUUUUGAAUGUUAUUUUCACUUACAUUUUUAUUUUAAUCCAUGUUUUCCCCUCAUACCUGCAUUUUCUGUAAACAUUGUUAGUUGGAAAACCGUAUUGCAAAUUUGGAUAUGUGCAAAUUUUGAAGAUGGCUGUGUUUCAGUUCUUACAACUGUUUAAUCUAAUUUUUUUUGUUUAUUAUUCAUUAAUUCGUUAAUUUUAAUUAUUACAUUUGUAUCUUGUCCUUCUUUCGGAAGGAGUCCAGGGGGGCAAGCAUUUCUGCAACAACAAGAAAAACAAAUAAAGUUAAUAAAAACAAAUUUAGAACAUCUUAAAAACCUGUCAAAAACAUUCAAAAAAAUCUAAAGCAAAUUGAAGGGCAGAUGCAACUAAAUCAUGUGUCAGCAGGGGUGAGUGAUGGAAGGCAGUGAUGGUGCCUGCCCAGUGUCAACAUUAUUUAUUUUAUUUCAUAGAACCAUAGAAUUGUAGAGUUGGGAGGGACCUCGAGGCUCAUCUAAUUCAAUCCCCAGCAAUGCAGGAAUCUGAACUAGUUCAUACAUGACAGAUGGCCCAGUCAACCUCUGCUUAAAAACCUCCAAGGAAGGAGAGUCCACAACCUCUCUUCGGAUUCUGUUCCAUUGUUAAACAACUCUUACUGUCAGAAAGUUCUUCUUGAUGUUCUUGCAACCUGAAGCCAUUGGUUUGGAUCAGGCAUCAGCAGCCUUUUUCAGCCAUGGGCCGGUCCACCAUCCCUCAGAGCAUGUGGUGGGCUGGACUAUGUUUUGAAGAAAAAAAAUGAACAAAUUCCUAUGCCCCACAAAUAACCCAGAGAUGCAUUUUAAACAAAAGCACACAUUCUACUCAUGUAAAAACAUGAUGAUUCCCAAACCAUCCGCGGGCCGGUAGUGGUGUAGCGUGGGGGGUACAGGGGGGGCCGGCCGCACCGGGCGCAACAUCUGGGGGGGCACGCUCGCACUCGCAGCGCUAAAACCCACGGGUUAGGGGGCGCAAAUUACUUGCCUUGCCCCGGGUGCUGACAACCCACGCUACGCCACUGCGGGCCGGAUUGAGAAGGCAAUUGGGCCGCAUCCGGCCUACAGGCCUUAGGUUGCCUACCCCUGGUUUGGAUCCUACCCUCCAGAGCAGGAGAAAAAAAGCUUGUUCCCUCUUCCAUGGGACAGCCUGUUUGAUACUUGAAGAUGGCUGUCAUAUCUCCUCUCAGUCUCCUGUUUUCCAGGUUAACCCUACCCAGCUCCUUCAACCGCUCCUCAUAAGACUUGGUUUCCAGAUCCUUGAUCAUCUUGGUCACCCUCCUCUGCACACAUUCCAGCUUGUCAAUAUCCUUCUUAAAUCUUGUCUUUCCCCCAGAACCCGGAACUUGAGGCAGUUCACAUAAAUCAACACAAAUACAGAUAAAGCACAUGUUGCUUAAAGCGCAAACAGUACAAUGUUACUGUUGAAAAUGGAAUGCAACAGUGUAAAUUACAGGCCUGUUAAAAUGCAGAUAGUUAUGGCAAACAAACACAAACAGUGCAACAGUCUGCUGGAAUAAAGGAGUCUACACUUGCCAGCGGAAGGACAACAAGGAAGGAGCCAGUCCAUCCUCUUUGGGAAGGGAGUUCCAAAACCUGGGAGCAGCCACCGAGAAGGCCAUCUCCCACAUCGAUUGGCAUGGAGUUCCAAAAUACAAGUGUUGUCACAAGCAAUGAGUCCUUUACCUACAGUGAUAAAAUAAAAUCAAUAUUUACCAAAACAAAGAGAGAAAGUAUAAAACCUGUUCAAAACCUCCAUAACAUCCUAACUUCCUCAUACUUUAUGGUGCAGGAAUGUUCAGGAGCCAGUUGCAAAGUUGACUCAGAAGAACAAAUUUGCUCUUCCUCCCUGCCAAGGCUGCUGCUUCUGUGCACACUGAGUGACAUUUGCUGGCUGUGGGAACGCAGCUAAUGGCCUGAGCAGUAGCUCCAGAGCUUGCUGGUGCCUGCGGCUGUUUCCAGCCUUUGCUCUUAAUGGAAUUUGGAUCAGUUCCUAAGUAGUUUGAACCGGAAAGGCAGUUCAAAUAUGUGAUAUGGUCAAACAAGCAGCUGCUAGUAGAGAAGUUGUAGGUAGUUUACAUAUUAAAUCUGUAUUUGACUGAUCAGAAAUUGAUAAGAGACACAUAGCAUCAUGAGCACAAACAAUGACGGAUGAGCAAUAAAAAGGAGAUCAGUCUCAGUGGUGGGGCAGUUAGCUAAUUUUAGACUCUGAACAUAAAUGGUUUUUAUGGGACUCUCUCUUUUUAGAUGGCAAUUGCUUCAUUUGCUUUAUAGCUGACCCUGCUAUAUUUGAGCUCCCUCCUGAGCAUUCUGCUGGAUGGGCUCUGCCCCAGAGUUGUGAACUGUUCCUAGAUAUUUCAGGAACUGAACCCAGAACCUUCUGUAUGCAAGGCACAUAGGAGCCAACUCCUAGGGGCUGUGGGGGAUUUGCCCCCCUAAAAUAUUUGAGGGGGCUAAGCCCCCACAAAAUUGAUGGGCAUUCCCAUUCAAAUAGUGUGUAUUCAUUGUGCCAUGUGAUUUAUGUAUUUAUAAGAAAUUAUCUUAACUGAUAUCCUAACAAGCAUGACAUUGAUUUGAUUAUUUUCUGCUUGCAAUUCUGCUGUAGGCUCACUUGUGGAGAUGAAGCCAAUCGCUUCUUUUUCUUAGACAUUUUCACAGAAAUGCAGCUGCUACUAUUUUCAGCUGUAAAUCAGGAAACUCAGCAUCCUUCCAAGAUUAGGGCGUUUGAACUCCUCUCCUGCUGAUAAGUAGUUGGUACAUUGAGUCGAGCUGGAGCUAAUUAAGGCUUUCUCCGGGACUUUCCAGGACUUUCUCUAAAACUUUUAGUUUUAGUUUAUUGCUCGGUAUCUUAAUUAUAUUAAACUACCAAGCAAUAAACUGAAACUAGUAAAAAUUAAUAAAAAGCUGAUAAAACUAGUAAAAACUAGUAAAAACCUCACAACUAACGCAGAGCUCAAAUCAGUCCUUCCUCUAACGAUGGCAUCUUGGCUCCUCCUCCUGAUAGUCAGGAUCAUGCCACUUUUACUCUCGCGGAUGAGUGGCCUCCUGUCUCCAUUACCAAAGUUAUAAGUUUAAUCGACCAGAUGAAACUAGGAAAGGCUGCUGGCCCUGAUGCCAUUCCAUCUGAAUUGAUCAAAGCCAAGUCAGAGUGGUGGGCUCUGAUACUAGCGGAACUUUUCACUAUGAUAGAUAGAUAUUGUAUUAUGCCUAACUCAUGGCAGCAAUCUAUAAUUAUUCCAAUCUUUAAAAAGGGUGAUAAAAAGCAGCCGUCCAACUAUCGGCCAAUAAGCCGCUAAGUACAUGUGGCUCCACAAAGAACAUCUCUAUGUGGCCUUCCUAGAUAUUAAGGCUGCUUUUGACACUGUUGACAGGGGGCUAUUAUGGACCAAAUUGGAGACAAUGGGCCUAGAACCCAGAUUACUCUACUUGAUCAAAAAACUUUAUACAAAGAACACCUGCCAUAUAAGAACAACACAAGGGAAUGAAAUGACAGAUCCUGCCAUCAUAAACCGAGGAGUUAAGCAGGGCUGUGUACUCGCUCCCUCCCUUUUUAACCUUUUUCUUAACGACUUCGCUUCUUCACUAAAACAUGUAGAUGCCCACAGCCCAAAACUCAAUGCAUUAAGCAUUCCCAUCCUCCUACAUGCAGAUGAUAUGAUUUUGCUUUCACGGAUAAGAAUUGGCUUAAAGUCACCGUUAAAUUCCUGUAUUGACUAUCUGUCCAGACUGAAAUUGUGCAUGAGCUUUGACAAAAGCAAAAUAAUGGUCUCUGGGAAUUCACGCAAGAGCUAUAGCUGGGUAUUUGGUGGUAAACCCAUCCAGCAGGUAUUCGAAUUCAACUGUCUGGGAAUUACAUUCCAUCAUAGGCCUCUCUGGUCCAUGCACCGUGCAAUGGCAGUGAAUGCCAGUAAGUUGUCUAUGCAGGCCAUAAUGCGUUUCUUCAUAACAAGAGGUAAUUCGCAUAUCCCUCCUGCCCUUAAGGUCUUCAACGCCAAAAUUAUAGCUGAAUUGCUCUAUGGUAUUCCAGCCUGGCUGCCAGGGUUUACCCAGUUGGUUGAACGAGUACAGGCAGCUUUCCUUUUCAAGAUUUUCGCAGUCCCACCCUGUGUACCCUAUGCAGCCUUGUGUCUAGAGGGAGGUCAACACAAGGUAGAGACUGUUGCCUGGGCAAGAUUUCGUCUAUGCUGGUUAAACAUCUGCCUUACAUUAGAUAAAGAUCCUCUCCUCAGCGAAGUUUUGUUAGACCCCUUUCUUUCCCCAGGCCUACAACCGUUUAACAAGAAGGUACAGCAACUCAGGCUGUCAGUGGAACUUUCGCAAUCGAUGUCCCUACCAUCUGCCAAGGCUAUAAUAAAAACUAGGUUGUGGGAUAUUGAACGCCAAGAGCUAACAGCAGCAGCAGAGAAAACAUGUUCCCCUCUUUAUUUUCAACUUUCUUGGGCACAUGAAAUUAGCCAUGAUUACCUUAAAUUUCUGCUUAACCCUCAAGAAAGAAGGGCAUUUUCACUGACCAGGUUUAAUUCAAAACCAUCAAACCUCCUUUGGGGAAGGUUCUCAGGCAGGGUGGAAGGAGAAAGAACUUGCCCAGGUGAAGACCACCUGGUGGAAACCCUUACACAUAUGGUUCUCAGUUGUAAACUAAAUGCUGAUCUCCGCCAGCAAUUUCAAGAUCAACUCUGUAUCCCGAAAUGGAAACCAGAGUCAGAGGUCAUACAUUUUCUAUUACUGGGGAAUGAUCAGGAACUCACCAAGUUAGUGGCUAAAUAUCUCUAUUUGGUUUUUUUAGUCGAAAUAUACUGCAGAUGUCUGAUCUCCCUGGAGACCAAGAGAUGUGACGAUAGACUGCUCUGCCUCCUUUCUUUUAGCAAAUGUUUGUGCCACUGGGGAAGUGGUAAUUCUGUAGUGAUUUGUUUUGGAUGUUGUAUGUGAUGCCAAUAAAAGGUUUUACGAUACGAUUAUUUUCUAAACACACUUGCAUCUUUGCUACUGUUUAAGAAGUUGCCCCUUGCUAUAAUAAUCUUUCAAAUAAUAUAACUGUUAUUCUUGCCAUACAUUCACAUGAUAUGAUCUAUUUUUAUUUUGAAAUAAAGGAUGAAGUUGUACUGGAAUUAUUGGUGACAGUCAUGGAGCUAAAACCUUUGCCUAUUCCCCCAACCCCCCAAUAUUCUAAAGUGUAUCGGGUUUAGUAAGCCAACUCAACUAUGUUUUCUCCUCCUGUGUUCUAGGCUGCUUGGCUGGGAGUAAACAUUUCCCUCUUUGUGGUUUAUUUCUUGGCAUUUGACAGAGGUGAAAAGUACUUCUACACCCGCCAGAUCCUUGGGGUGAGCACCAUCUCCUCAACUUCUGAUUGCCUCUGCUUUUAGGAGAUGAAAAAUCUUGGCAAAGGAUAGCAAGAUACGCUUGUUUGAAAAUCCUAAUUCAUUGACAGGAUUAAUACCCUGCAUAUUGUUAAUUAAUAUAGCAUAUGAGUCAUUGGGCUGUUGGGGCAGAAGGUAAGGAGCCUAAAAAGUAGGUGGAACCUGAGCCAAUGGGAGUCAGAGUCAACUAAUCCUAGUUUUGACCCCCCCUCCUUCCAGCUGAGGAGCAACACCUGAGACUGAGGGUCAGGAAGAGGGAGUUCUUGGUAGUACAACGCCUUGGAAGUUGGAAGUCAGGCAUGUGGGGGCUGGUUGGGGGUUGGAUAGCACUGCAUUUGCCCUAAUUGGACCAGCUUCUACCAAUGCAAAAUAAGCCUUGCAAUUGGGUGUUGGGGAUAAUAAACUACCUAAAUUACAAAUGAUGGCAAGCAUUACCAACUACAAUGGUACCUGGGGUUACAGACGCUUCAGGUUACAGACUCCGCUAACCCAGAAAUAGUACCUUGGGUUAAGAACUUUGCUUCAGGAUGAGAACAGAAAUUGGGGGGCGGCGGCGUGGCGGCAGUGGGAGGCCUCAUUAGCUAAAGUGGUACCUCAGGUUAAGAACAGUUUCAGGUUAAGAACGGACCUCCAGAACGAAUUAAGUUCUUAACCAGAGCUACCACUGUAGUUAGCUCUUGUGCACAGGCUGAGAGCAUGGUGUGAGGAGUAGGCAGGCAGAGGAGGAAAAGUAGCAAACGCAGAUGGGAGGAAAAGACAAAUGAAGGCAUGCAGUGUGCUUUGCAUAGAGCAGGUCAUAUGUUAUAUGCCCUUGAACAAUUUUCUACUUUCCCCCAUGCCCCACCCAGCAUAUUCCACCUAUCAAUUUCAGUUUCUCAUUUUCCAAAUCUUAAGCUCAGCUCUUCUAGGAUUGCCAUAUUGUUGAGCUUUUUAAAAAACAACAACAACAACAACCAGGAACGCAAAAUUUUGAUUGACGUAUGGCAGACCUCAGCUCUUCACAAUUUUGCAUUAGUUUGUAAAUUUCAAUUAUUUUUAAAAAGUUCUCUUUAAUUAGCAUCUUCGUGCAAAUUUCUCUGGAUAUAAACCUUUUUUCGUAAACAAAUUUCCCAAAUGUGAUGCAUUUUUCUAUGUAUAUUUUCACUAACAUGCAGUUUAAGGCACACUUUCCCCUAAUAGGCACACAUUUUUAUUACCGGUUAUUUUAUUGGAGAACUGUAGUGCAAAAUUCGGAAAAGUGAGAGAGUUGAAAGAUGCCUGUGUUAAGGUUUGCAUAUUGUUUCAGGAAGUAGAAACUGGGGAGUUUCAUAUUAAAAUGCAAACUGAACCAAAUUUCCGGGGGGGCCCUCCAUCCCUACACUAGAGGCUGCUGCCUCUCGUUACCUGGAGUAUAAAACAGUUACAAGUUUGUAGUAAAAAAACCCAACACCCUUCUGCAGCUUCUCCUCUUUUUAUUUGUAGUCUUCCCUGCCUUGGGCACGUGCUUCGGCCAAAUGCCUCAACUUCAACAGCAUGCUGAUCCUGCUGCCUGUUUGCCGGAACCUUCUCUCCUUUCUGAGGGGCAGCUGUUGGGUGAGCAAGAAAUUGAUCUCAACUGCACCUCCAAUUUGUUGCUUAUAAUUUAUUUAUUCAAUUUCUAUACUGCCUUUCAUCUGAGAAUCACAGGGGGGUUUACAAUAUAAAAAUAUAGAGGCCACAUUCACACCUUAUAUUUACAACCAACAGCUCCCAGGAUUAUUUUUUUUGGGGGGGGGAGGUCAUAACUGUUUAAAGAGGCAUCACAGUGGUGUUAAUGUAUGGUGUGAAUGUGGUCAAGGAGGUUGUCUUUCCAGCUAGGUUUCCCUCGUCCAGUUUUCAUCAUCCGAGGAAAUCGUGGUGUUUGGGACCUCUGGGCUGUUUAUAUCUCUGGUCUCAAUAUCUGUUGUGUUAAUGGACAGGUGAGUUUUAAGGCUGUGCAAAAAGAGGAACCCAACACAAUAGUUGUGGCUUGCAGAAAACCAUUGUGCAACAGAUAGCUCAGCCCUACAACCUACUUAUGGAUUCUCUUGGGGGGAAACGUUCUGCUGGUGCAAAACAUUUCACUGUCGAAACAAGUGCACAGCUAAGUGACGCUAACACAGCGGUACAUUGGAUACAAAACUCUGUGUAUUUCUCAUACUGUGUCAUUAGAAUGGAAGAAGCCCUUUAAAUCUUGGGAGAGAGGCAGAAUAUAAAUGCAUGAAACAAUAACUACUACUACAACAACAACAACAAUCCAAACCAUUUCCUCCAGCCCCCUUUGCUGAUCAGCCCCAUGUCGUCGUCAUCAUCGUCAUCAUCAUGUUACAAUAGUAACAAUAAUCCGAAUAAUUUCUUCCAUUCCCUUCUGCUGAUCAGCUGCAUAUCACAGGGAGUCCUGUUUGCAAAGGAGCAAUCUCCUGUUAAGCUCCUGAUUCCUGCUUUGAAAUUUCUUUGUAGUCACAUAUCAUGUCAGGUGUGGGGCAGAUGAGCGUUGCUUGGGUGAUCCUUUGGGUGAAGUUGGGGCCAUUGCUGGGGUGCCCACCCUGUGUUAUACCCACAUUGAAUUUUACACCCCAGUCUGCUAGCUGGCCUGUUUUUUUGUUUCCAUUCAGUGUUGCAGACGCACCAUGAGGAAACAACUAGAUCACAACUUGACCUUCCACAAGCUGGUGGCCUACAUGAUUGCCCUCCUCACAGGUAAAAUGACGUCUGUUCUAGAGAAAUUGAAAGGGCCCAACAUUCGUUUUCAUGAGUACAAUAAGAACUGUAAGGCACCCCACAAAUGUGCAGUGAUAAACAAUGAUGUCACCAGUAGAACUUAAAUGAAUUGGGGGUGGGAAGGAAAUAUGUUGCCAAACUAGAGCAUUUCUAUUGUGCUUCAAAUUGAUUCCCAACUAAGGGUUCUGUUGAGCUCACAGUUUAUGUUUGUAAUGGAUUGGGUAGGUUAAUACUCAUAACAUUUUGCUAAGAAGCCUUGACAUCUUUUUAUACCAAAAAAAAAAAAAAAGGUAUUCAAAAUAACAAUUUCAAAUGCAUUUAACUAUUGUUUUUAUAUUUAAAAAAUGGGUGCAGAAUGGUGGGGGCAGAAGUCAGGGUGGUCAACAGUAGGCGGAGCCAAGGGCAAUGACUGAUUCUAAGUUUGGCCAAAUCCUCCUUCCUGUUGAGUUCUGCAGGGACAAGACUGAGGGUGGAUCUAGACACGGGGUGGGGUGGGGUUUGGGAAACUAUAAAUAAGUCAGGAAUUAGAUCAUUAUAACAAAAGAAAGAAAUCUUUAUGGAAAACCGUGUUUUAAAAUUUCCUGCUCUAUGGCGCAAUCUGGUGAUGCAUGUUUAUAGCACAUUCAUAUCACCAUCUUUACUAACAUAGCUGAGUCCUGAGACUGGAAAGGAGGAAGUGGAAAACCAGUGCCUAAUAUUGACAUUUCUGCAAGGAAUUUUCAUUAGCAUGACAUAACUUUAGUACAUUGUUCUCGCCAAUACGUGUAUUGUUAUGUACACGUUUCGGUUGGAGAACUGCAUCACACAAUGCAGAGAAGUGCACAUUUCAAAGUAUAGUUGCAUUCUUCUUCUUCUUCUUCAAAUUAGAUACCGUAGAUUCUGGCAUAUAAGACGACUUUUUAACCCAGGAAAAUCCGCUAAAAAGUCAGGGGUUGUCUUAUACACCAGGUAUGGGUUUGCUGGGCAGCGGCAGUGGGCGGUGGGCUCCGCGCCGGGAGGAAGCUGCCCAGCGAUGCUAAGCCGGCUUCGCUGGGCGGCUUCCUCCCGGUGUGGAGCAGAGCCCGCAGCCUACUUCUUCAGCUGCCAAUUUGGGGAGUCAUCUUAUACGCCCAGUCGCCUAAUACACCGGAAUCUACGGUACUGUCCUUCAUCAAAAGAUUCUCAGGGUGGUUCACAGAAUAAAAUGCAAGAUAAAACACAAGUUAUAAAUUAAACCAAAGGAGCAAAAUAAUAACUCCCCCUCCCUACAGAUACAUUUAAAGGGCUGUAGGAUAUUAAUCAGCCAAAGGCCUGGCUGAAGAGGAAUGUUUUCACCUUGCAUCUGAAGAUGUAUAAAGGUGCCAGGAAAGCCUUCCUGGGAGAGCAUUCCAUGGAUGGGGAGCCACUGCAGAGAAGGCCCUGUUCUCAUGUUGCCACCCUUCUGACCUCUUGUGGAGGAGGCACAUAAAGAAGGGCCUCAGAGGAUGAAUCUCACAGAGUGCGGGACGGUUUAUAUGUGGAGAGGCAGUCCUUGAGGUCCAUAAUUUCAGUUUGCUCACUGGUUCAGGAAGUGCAUAUUAGGUAGAUUCGUAUAAAAAUAUGAACUGAAUCACUUUCUCCCCCAUACCUAAAUGGGAAUGCGCACACAUGGACACGUACACACUGAGCCAGCAAGGACAGACAGCUACGUGCAUUUAGCCCCAAUUAGUAUAGAAAGAGAACAUCAGUAUAGAAAUAGCCCCUUUGCUGGUGUCAGCAUAUUGUAUAAUUUGGCUGUCUGCAAGGAUGUGGUUCAGGUUUUUCUUGCCCUCUCUUCCAGCGGUUCACAUCAUUGCUCACCUGCUCAACUUUGAGUGGUACAACAGUGCCAGGCAAGCAACAGACGGAGACCUGGCUUCCACCCUCUCUCACUUACAUGAGGACGAUGGGUUGUGGCUAAACCCCAUCCAUUCAAACACUACGGUUGGUGCCUCACAAGCUUUGCUCAAUAAGCAUUGUUGAAGUUCUGAAAGGGAAAGUUGCUGGUGCUUCAGCCUUGCUGAAAGCUUCCUUUCCUUUUGACUGUAAGCAAUAACUUGUCAGUGUUAUGCAUUUUGUUCUAAUUAGAGCCUACUGGUGAUUAGUUUUCAUCUGGGUGUUAUUAGUUCAUUGUUGUUAUUUUUAAGGAGAAUUUCAGUGGUGCGCUUGUAUGUUCUGGGUUACUAGGAUGUGUGAACGCAACCUAAGAGUCUAUAGCCCUUAUGAAGAAGACACCCCACUCAGCCAUGCUUGGACCAAUCACCAUCUCUCAACCUAACCUAACUCUUAUUAUUAUUAUUAUUAUUAUUAUUAAGCGGCUUCCAAAAGAGUAUUAAAAAAAGAUACAUUAAAAUGUCUUCUAAAAGUCAAAUAUUUGUAUGUCUGCUUGACAUCUGAUGGGAGAGUAUUCCACAGAGUAGGCACCACUACUGAGAAGGGCCUCUGCCUGGUUCCCUGUAACUUCACUUCUUGCAAUGAGGGAACCCACCAGAAGGCCUCAGAGCUGGACCUCAGUCUCCAUGCUGAACGAUGGGGAUGGAGACGCUCCUUCAUGUAUACAGCUAUCUUUCAGUGUCAAGGACCAUGUACACCACCUUGAGCUCCUGGGAGAAAAGGUGGUAUAUAAAUGUCAUAAUUAAACCUUGUCUGUAAGCCAGAGCUUUUAUCAAGCACAACUUUACAUGUCAUAAUCUGGCUUUCAUCUGCAGACACCCUUGUAUGUGGCAUUCACCACCAUUCCUGGUCUAACAGGUGUGAUCAUCACCUUGUCCUUCAUCCUUAUGGUCACUUCUUCUAUGGAGUUCAUCCGCAGAAACUACUUCGAGGUCUUCUGGUACACCCAUCAUCUCUUUGUUAUCUACUUUCUGGGCCUCGUCAUCCAUGGCAUUGCGUAAGGCACUUCUGCACUUGUGGGAUAGGCUAGCUAAGAUAGCUAGGAGUGGGCGAAUCUAACCAUUUCAUGUUCCUCUUUUCCCUAAGAGGAAUAUUAAGCUCUCCACAAAUCAAAAGCAGUAUUUGUGUGUGUCUCUCUGUGUGUUUUAAGUAGUCUUCCUGAAAAUUCAUUAGUUUUUUUAGUGCAAAUUUCUCCUAACAUGCACAUCUUCUUGUGUUGUUUUGCCUAAUAUACACUUUUUUUGCGAAACAAUUUAUCCACAUACGAUGCAUUUUAAUGUUUUUUCCACUAAUAUGUGUUUCUAUGUGCACACUUCCCCACUGCUGAUUUAAAGCAAAGAGCAACCUUUUUGCAACCCACCUCUUACAACUGAAAACCAAACACAAUAUGAGCUGAAAGAGUCUAUUGGAAAGGUUUGCUUAGCUCACAUGGCCUGUAUGAGCAAACCUCCUUUUCCACUACUGGGCUUUUGUUCCUUUCUUUCAGAUUUGCAGUUUUGAUGGUUCUGCUCUUUUUUCCAGAGGUCUUGUUCGUGGGCAGACAGACAAAAGCUUGGAGGAGAGCAAUCCUAAGCUCUGCGCUGGGCAGUAUACAGAGUGGGCUCAAGGCAACAGCACUCAUUGCAAAGUGCCUGAGUUUCAGGGUCUUCCUGCUGAGGUAAGAAUGACAUACAACAUGAGGAAAGCACUGAAGUGAUGAAGGUGUAAGGUUUCACAAGUGGGAAAAUGCUGGCCCCGCAAUGAAAGUGUCCAUUCUAACGUGGAUGUUGUUUCUUUAAAGUCCUGGAAGUGGGUGUUGGCCCCGAUAAUUCUCUAUGCCUUUGAGAGAGCCUUGAGGAUUUGGCGUUCCUGCCAGAAAGUGGUUGUUGUAAAGGUAAGCAUCUCUGCUUUCUUCUUCUUCUCCUUCUUCUCCUUCUUCUUCUUCUUGGAUUUGAGUUGGAUACAUAGGACACAUUUAGUGUGCCUCAAGAUGGAAGCACCCCAUACAACUGAAAGCACCUUGAAGGCAGACAGCUUCCCCCAAAGAAUCAUGGGAACUGUUGUUUGUUAAGGUUGUCGGGAAUUGUAGCUCUGUGAGAGGUAAACAACAGUUCCCAGGAUUCUCUGGGGGAAGUCACCUGUUUUAAACGUUCAUCAAAUGUGUUUUAAAUAUGUGGUGUAGAUCUGCCCUCAGCUAGAGCUCAAGGAAAUCAAGACUAGUUCUUCGUGUCAGUGGUAGAUUGAGGGCACUUUCAGACUGCUGGUGUUUUCAGGUGGGAUUCAAUCGUAUACCGGUUCAGCUUGUGAGUCAAGGCCACGCUACCCACUUGGUGAUGAAAUAAGAUACAUGGACACAAGAAUUUGGGUUAAUGGGCUAAAAAAGGCCACAACUUUAUUGGUUACAGAAUGUGAGUAGUAUUGGCUUAGGCAAUGGAUCCGAACAGACUAUACUUGACUCCUGCCCGCUCUGCAGGGAUCCACGCAAGGGUUAACAACCUGUAGGGGGAGCUUGUUGAUGCGAAUCAACUGGAAGCUUUCCCCUAGAGUAGCCUGUGGGUCCCCAGAUGUUGUUGAACUACAACUCUCAUCACCCCCAGCUAGCAAGGCCAGAGCUCAGGGAUGAUGGGAGUUGUAGUCCAACAACAUCUGGGGACCCACAGGUUGAGAACCGCUGCCCUAGAGUCACCGGAGGGUUAUGCCAUAGCCCUAGCCACCACCUGGGCAUCGGACAGGAACCACGACUGCCAGAUUCCUUUAAUGGAAUACCCUUCUAGGGGAGGGGUAGGUGAUGGUCACAACCUCCCCUCCAACACACAACGCAUUUUCCAAUGCCUAACCACCAAGUUGUGACGAUUUGCUAUGAGGUAGGCGAUAAACCAAGUGGCUAGUUCCAAUCUGCCAAGUGGAAAAAAUUCCUACCAGGCCCCUUGGACAACCAAGGCGACCAACCAAAGUCCAUAGCAAGGCAAGGAGCUGAAGCAAAACCUAAAGGGUGGUAAUCCGUGGAAGCCGGAAAAGCAAGGGAGAGCUCAUGGGCCUGCGGCCGUUUAAAUCCGGCUAAACCACGGCCCCCAGUGAGCCGGAUUGGCUGGCUGAGGGGCAUGACGCGGGCCCAGGGCUCCAGUGACGCGGGGGCCUAGCCACGCCCCCCCUGUGACUGCAGGAAGCGAUUCCCGCUCACAACCCCUCCCCUCUGGGAAGAGCAGAGGCUUUCUGCAACUAAAGCUGAUUUGGAACUGUUGUACAGCAAAUCUGCUCCCCCCACCCCCCCAAUCAGACUCUUCAUGAUAGAUCGUGGGGAAAUGCACUGGUAAGUAUGGGGAAAUCUUUGCUUGACACAAUGCCAUCCUACCACUCUGCAACCUGUUUACUGUUUACAUCCUGAUUUAUUCGUUGGGGUACCAGACAACGUUAUCUAUUUAACAAGCACACAUUCUGAUUUGUUUGCGGGGAAAUUCUAUGACGUUGUGCCAUAGCAAGUCUUAUCCCCAAGUUUCCAGUGCAUUUUCCCUAUCCCUUUCCUUAUCAUGGAAUGUCUGGUCUUUGGGGAAGUGGGCUUGUUGCGCAAGACACCUCACCACCACCGACUAUUAUGAUGCAAUAUGAGUUUGCUAGAGUGUGAUUGGAACUCCAUCUGGAAACAGCGAGAGUCUGGAAGUGCUCCUGGCCUAAUCAGAUUGGGGUGAAAGUUGACUAAAGCACGGCAUCAAGAAGACACUGGACUUAAGUGGUCUUAUGAGGGGCUCCUUCCGCCUCUACAGUGGACACUCGGGUUGCGAACGUGAUCCGUGCAGGAUGCACGUUCACAACCCACAGUGUUCGCAACCCGCAGCAGCGUGUUUGUGCACGCACGGGUUGUGAUUCGGCGCUUCUGUGCAUGCGCAUAGCGCGAUGUAGCGCUUCUGCGCCUGCAUGAACCCGAAACCCAGAAGUAGCCCGUUCUGGUACUUCCGGGUUUCGGCUGGUCCGUAACCCGAAAAAACGCAACCUGAAGUGUCUGUAACCCGAGGUAUGACUGUACUGCCCCACGCUGUUUGGGUGGGGGAAUGGGGGGGGCUUCCUGCUCAUUCUGCUGGGUGGGGUCCUUGGCCUUUGUUCCGAAGUCCUGCAAGGAUGGGCCACUUCUUUCUGCCCUCUGAGGAGAAAGAACAAAAUUUUGAAGAGAUCAAGAAUGAGAAAUGUAAUUCUAAGUGUGUGCACAUGUGCGUAGCCAACCCUCCCAUGAAGCAGCUGCCUUGGGUGGUGGUAGUGGAAGAAGUGUACUCACCCACCCCACUAGCAGCCAAGGUAAGCGAGGCUUUAGUGGUGGCAGGGUGGUACAGUGUCUUGCUGCACAGUGUUGCUGCUGGUCUCCCUCGUCCCCAGGAAAACCUCCCUUUUGCUGAGUCUUGGUAAGAGAUUAGUGUUCUAGGAAGCCCUUGAAGAGUUCCCUUGCAGCAGUGGUGGAGUAUUUUGCAUCAGGCGACAAAACAUUCCUGGCUUCCUCUAUAGCCAGUUUGUGAAUAGAUAACAGGAAUCCUUGACAAAGAAUACUGUAGGCUUUAGCUGUUAUCUCCAGGACUUUUUAUUUACUAAGAAAAUCUGGUGAGGAAUAAAUGAAUAGGGGAGAGGGCAGAAACCUUAUGAUCCUGUUCUGCAACCCUGGUGUCAUAUGACAUCUGCUUAGUAGGAAUAGAGGUGAAUUUUUUGUUUUUUUCGGGGUGCCCCGCCUGCUUGGUGAGAGCUGGUUGGAAUGCACUGCAAUGCUUUUUCAAUAAAGAUGGCCUGUUUUGCUGACAAUUUGUGUCCAGAUUCAGUUGGCUGGUCCAGGCAGCCCUGUGUAUCAGGCUUGAACCCUGAAAUUUCCCUAACACAUCAAUAAUAAUAAUAAUAAUAAUAAUAAUAAUAAUAAUAAUUUAUUUAUACCCUGCCCAUCUGGUUGGGUUUCCCCAGCCACUCUGGGCAGCUCCCAACCAAAUAUUCCCCAUUUGUUGAAUGUUCUCCGCAGGGAGGCUUGCCGGGCUCCUUCAUUACACCUCUUUUGGCACCAGACAAAAACAUUCCUCUUCCCCUAGGCCUUUGGCUAAUUAAAGAAACUAUGGCCUUUUAAACUGUGUGUGUGGUGGUUGGGUUAUUGUUUUAUUUGUUACAGUAGAACCUCAGUUGUUUAAUGUCUCCAUUGACAAAUGUUUCAGCUUUCGAACGCCAAAAACCCGAAAGUAACUGCUUCGGUUUUCGAACGAUUUUCAGAAGCCGAACAUGCCAUGCAGCUUCCGUUUUGAGCUUCCCUAUUGUAUUGAGGCUUCUGCUUUUUUCAGUUUUCAGUCAGUUUUCAGACAUUUUGGAAGUCGAGUGGUCUUCCGGAAUGGAUCACGUUCGAAAACUGAGGUUCCAGUGUAUUAUGUUAUGUGUUUUUAUACUGUAAACUGCCCCGUGAUCUUCGAAUGAUGGUUGGUAUGCAAAUUUAAUACAUUAAAUAAUAAAUAAAUGAGUUUUGUUGCUUCUCCACUCUGGGCAUAAUGUGGGAAUGUGGAAGCCUGUGGCUGUUGCUUGCUGCGAGAUCCUUGAGCCGCAGGCUAUUUAUUUAUGACGUCCCAAUACAGUUUACAGUACAACAACAAAAGACAAAUGGCAGCGGCAUGUUUUAAAAGCAGCUAAAAUUUUUGCAUAUAUAAAAACCAAUUUUAAACAAGUCAUAUGAAUAUUUAAAAAAAUGUAAAAAGAGCAACCAACAACAACAAACCGUAUGUCAAACCAAUUAAAAUCCAAUAGAGAUGCAAGACAGGGUAAAAGUUUUGUUGACAAUGUUCAGCAGGUGCCAAAAUGACAGUUACCGCUCACAUCCUCCAAGAGGUGGGCGGGGUUUGCGACACUGCGCAGGGUUUCCCGCGACCAGGGUGCCACCCACCUUGGCUACAGGGAGGACAUCACUCUGCCCCCAUCUCAGCGUCUUGGGGGGGGGGGGGAAGGCUCCAAGGACAGGGUUUAGCGUGUGGGCUCACAAUAGCGAACUUCUGUACAGUGGUACCUCGGGUUACAGACGCUUCAGGUUACAGACUCUGCUAACCCAGAAAUAGUACCUCGGGUUAAGAACUUUGCUUCAGGAUGAGAACAGAAAUUGCGCGGCAGCGGUGCAGUGGCAGCGGAAGGCCCCAUUAGCUAAAGUGGUACCUCAGGUUAAGACAUAGCUGUCAACUUUUCCCUUUUCUUGCAAGGAAUCCUAUUUGGAAUAAGGGAAUUUCCCUUUAAAAAAGGGAAACGUUGACAGCUAUGGGUUCAGAACAGUUUCAGGUUAAGAACGGACCUCCAGAAUGAAUUAAGUUCUUAACCCGAGGUAUUUCUGUAGUUGGGUGGCUUGUCUGUUAUCUUUUAUGUGCUUUUAGGUGCCUGGAAAAGACGAUGGGCAUAGAGAUUUCUGGCCCCAGAAGGAGGCCAGCUGCUUUGAAGUCAAGUCCAAUUAAUAUUUCCUUUCGGAUGGUAGAGGGAGUUUUCCUCACCCUUUCGAUGUCAGCAUGACUUUUGUUUGCAGGCCAUUAUGCACCCUUCAAAUGUCCUUGAGCUGCAGUUGUACAAGAAAGGAUUCAGCAUGGAAGUAGGGCAGUAUGUUUUCCUCAACUGCCCAUCUAUCUACUAUUUGGAGUGGCAUCCAUUCACCCUCACAUCUGCUCCAGAGGAAAAGUUAUUCUCUGUCCACAUCAGGGCAGCAGGCGAUUGGACAGAGGCUCUGAUUGACAACUUUAAGCAGCCAAACCCAGUGAUGCCCAGGUGAGUAGCUGCGUAAACCAGCAACCAUUUGCCUUCGAUGAGGCCAUUGGGGGGGGUGUGAAGUAGCAGCAACUCCCUCUUCUGCUCAGGCUCAGGUACAUGAGCUGCUCAGUUACUGUGUGGCCUGCAGAUGUGAAGGGCUUUGGAGAGGACAAAUAUCAAGGCAGCCCAGCCAAACAGGAAAGAAACUGCUGUAUGAAUCCCAAAAUAUUUUCAUCAUUAGAACAAAGUUUGCAUUGGGCCAUUGAAGGAGGGAUUUGGAGACAGGGUGAGGAGAAGGCAAAAGGACUGGGAAAAACGUUAAGUGGAUAGGCACAGCAGAACUGGUCAUAGGUGAGGCCUAUGGGUAAAAGGAAGAUCAUUUGGGGUCUGGCCUGGAAGCGUUAAAUGUGGAAUGCACCGGGAUAACAUUCCUGCUAAAGGUAAACUAUCUUUUGCAGGCUUUCUUGAGAAGGCUUCUCCUGAAAGGCUGCAUACUUUCAGUAAUAAAUUGAUUAUUGAUUCAGUUUGUGGAACUAAAUUUUUUUGAGCACAAAAUUCUAUGCAGCACAUAGAUUUUCUCAACUUUCCAGGAUUGAAGUAGAUGGUCCCUUUGGCACUGCCAGCGAAGAUGUGUUCCAGUACGAGGUGGCCAUGUUGGUGGGAGCUGGGAUUGGAGUGACACCAUUUGCCUCUGUGCUGAAAUCCAUUUGGUACAAGUUCCAGCACGGUGACCCGGAUCUCCAAACAAAAACGGUAUGGUGGGAUCGCCCCAUUGCACUGAGACCAAUAUGAAAUAAAUUCGGUUUGCUAGAGAAUGCUAGUCUUUGAGUUGCAGGGAGUGAAGACUCCCUCUGACAUGUAGUAUCUUGCAGUCUCAAACUAGGGACAGGUUAUAUCCCCACCCUGCCCCUGCUCAGAAUAUUGAAAAUGACUGGAAAUGUAAUUGCAUCACCACCCACCUCUUUUCCAAACAAUUCUGCAGGUUUUGGAUUGCUUCAAAAAUGUACAAGCCAGAAACACACAUCAAGAAACCAGAAAGAUGUAAAAAAGAAAAGAAAACGAUAGCGAAAUGAAAAAGAAAUGAAACUUGUUCUCAAAAGUGCCAACCAUUUUGAUUUAUUAGUGCACUUAAAAGCUUUCAGACUGUUACACGCCACCCCAAUCUCUGAGUGGUCUGAGAUUCCAGGGGUCCAGGCAGUUACCCAGGGUUCGUGUUUGCUUUGGAAAUGAGGCACAGGCACUGGUGCCUUUAGAAUUUAUGGUUUAUUUACACAGAUAUACAACCUGAGCCUAUGAUGGAAGAGCUUCUAGCAUAUUGUACUCUGAGCCCCCUUUCUCCAGUUUUCUGCUACUUGCAAACUGCAACUACUUUUCCUUCUGCGAUCUUCCCAAAGACCAUGGCGGGGCUCCACCCAUUUGCUGGCUUCGCUGAUGGCUUUCUUAAUGGGUUAUCUCCCCUUUGUCUCUAUUGAUGGAGUCAACCGGGCUUAUAUUUCAACCUGGCUUAGAUUUUAACAUUUGCUAGGUGCAGGAGUUAGAAUCAUACAAUUGUAGAGUUGGAAGGGACCACGAGGGUCAUCUAGUCCAACCCCCUGCAUUGCAGGAAUCAUUUGCCCAAUGUGGGGCUCGAACCCCCAACCCUGAGACUAUGAGUCUCAUGUUCUACCAACUGAGCUAUCCCAGCUUCGGCUUUCAAGGUCUGUUCCCCACAAACUCAUAUCACAAACUCUACAGAGUACAUAAAGCACCUUCCAAAUAUACUACAGUCAUACCUCGGGUUACGAAUACUGCAGGUUGCGCGUUUUUGGGUUGCGGACAGCGCUGAACCCGGAAGUACCGGAACGGGUUACUUCCGGGUUUCAGCGCUUGUGCAUGUGCAGAAUCACAAAAUGACAUCACGUGCAUGCGCAGAAGUGCCGAAUCACGUCACAUGCGUGUGCAGACGUGGUGCUGCGGGUUGCGCACAUGCCUUCUGCACGGAUCAUGUUCGCAACCCGAGGUAUGACUGUAGCUGUCUUAUCUGGCACCAUGAGGAAGAUGAUGGCGUAAGGUAGAUAAUUAGCAUUUGUACAAGCACGUUCAACUGUCAUAAAACCUAAUGGCUAAGUUGUACUGAGGCAUAUUAGUUGGCAUUUUUUUGAACAUAACAAAAUAGGACAGAAGCAAUGAGUGGUGCUGUGGGUUAAACCACAGAGCCUAGGACUUGCUGAUCGAAAGGUCGGCGGUUCGAAUCCCCGCGGCGGGGUGAGCUCCCGUCCUUCGGUCCCAGCUCCUGCCUACCUAGGAGUUCGAAAGCACCACUAAGUGCAAGUAGAUAAAUAGGGACCGCUUUCUAGCGGGAAGGUAAACGGCAUUUCCGUGUGCGGCACUGGUGCUGGCUCGCCAGCUGCAGCUUCGUCACGCUGGCCACGUGACCCGGAAGUGUCUUCGGACAGCGCCGGCUCCCGGCCUCUUGAGCGAGAUGAGCACGCAACCCUAGAGUUGGUAGGGCAGGGGUACCUUUACCUUUUUAAUGAGUAUAACGGGACGCGGGUGGUGCUGUGGUCUAAACCACAGAGCCUAGGGCUUGCCAAUCAGAAGGUUGGCGGUUCGAAUCCCUGUGACGGGGUGAGCUCCCAUUGCUUGGUCCCUGCUCCUGCCAACCUAGCAGUUCGAAAGCACGUCAAAGUGCAAGUAGAUAAAUAGGUACUGCUCCGGCGGGAAAGUAAACGGCGUUCCAUGCGCUGCUAUGGUUUGCCAGAAGCGGCUUAGUCAUGCUGGCCACAUGACCCGGAAGCUGUACGCCGGCUCCCUCAGCCAAUAAAGCGAGACGAGCGCCGCAACCCCAGAGUCGUUCGCGACUGGACCUAACGGUCAGGGGUCCCUCUACCUUUAAUGAGUAUAACACAAUAGGUAACCAUGGCUCCGUUGUAUCUUCUUAAAAGGUCUCUGUGAUGACACAGGUUGUUGCCUGCACUAUGGGAAGGAAGUGAGGAAAACUAGCCAGUCAAACCAAGCCCUCCUCCUUAACUCGACCGCUGUCACUAAAUGGAUGUUUUUUUUAUUAAGUAGUGGGCUGACAAGCAGACGACACAGAGAUUUCUCCAAAUAGUUCUUUAUAAGUAAGCUGGAACUGAACUGAACUGAACACAGCUCAGCUGGCCUGCUUUUAUAGGCAGCCGGCUGUCACAUUGUAACAGCAACAACCCAGGGUUUCCCGCCUAAAUUAACUGAUGUGGACCUGAGUGAAAACUAUAUUCACAAUACCCCCGAUGGCCAGGGUGAGAACUUCAAUACAUAACAGUUUUCUUUGGCUGCCUCCACUAAACAACUUUUAAAACUCAUGGACUUUAACUGGCCCAACCUGGGUGGAACACUUAAAUAUUGCUAAACAACAAGCUGCAGACAGGUGUGUGUCCCUCCCAGCAUUUUUCUUAAAGCAAUAAGUUAGACUGGGGGCGUCGUGUGAGUAGGCCUGCUGGGUCCAUUUUUAUGGUGGCGUUGGCAGGGUGGUGUGAGGAGGAUGCAACAGGCCUCCUCACGUUGCCCUCCAUGCCCCCCACCCACCCACACACCGGGCACCAUGAAGACACGCCCCACCACUGAGUUAGACAGUUUAAAUGGUUUUAGGGGGAAAUGCAUUCUAAUUUUAUAAGAACAAAUGAAAAUAACCAGAAGUAAGUGUGCCCAGCUAUGCUUAUUCUGGGCUUUCCCCAACCAAGCCAAUAGUUACCACCUUGUACCCCUCAGUUCAUCUCUUCAUAAUCCUUUCCGGGUUUUGUCUUCCUGCUGCUCUUCAGCUUUGAAAGUCUUGCUCCACGACCUUCUGACCCCACAAUAACGGUUUUACUCAGUUUCCUAGCUUGCUUAUUCAGUGGUACCUCAGGUUACAAACGCUUCAGGUUACGGACUCUGUUAACCCAGAAAUAGUACCUCGGGUUAAAAACUUUGCUUCAGGAUGAGAUCAGAAACUAUGCUCUGGCGGCGCGGCAACAGCUGGAGGCCCCAUUAGCUAAAGUGGUGCUUCAGGUUAAGAACAGUUUCAGGUGAAGAACAGACCCCUGGAACGAAUUAAAUACUUAACCUGAGGUACCACUGUAUAUGCAGUUUGUCUCUCCCAACCUUCAGCCACUCAGAAGGCGAAUAAACUUCUAUUUUACUUUUUAUUUUCCCUUAAUUGCCUGGUUAACUAGGCUGAAUCUUUGACCCUCCCCUGCAAAAAUUUCCUGAACAAAACUUCCUCUUCACCUUUUAGUUUUGCUUUGAAAUUUUGUCUUUCCUGUGCCUUUAAAAUGAAAAACAACAUUAAAAAAAACCAUUUUGCAAUUAAAAGACAAAGAUGGGAUGGACAGUAUGCAGUGCUUUUUUUAAAAAGAAAAGAAAAAAGUUGCUGGUACUCACCACAACAGUAUGUGCCAUGUUUUUAACCUUUGGUGAAAAAAAGUUGCCAAUACUGCGUAUCCUUGGGUACCCCCAGGAGGGGGUGGGGAAAGCACUGGGUGUAUGUGUAAAAUGGAACUGGGUCUAAUUCUGAAAUGCGCUUGCUGUUGCUAAAUCUUUGUGUUUCUCAGUUAACAGUUAUAAAGGUUAAAGAGAGACAUUUGUUCUCAUUAUGGAGCUCUGGGAAGUCAAAAUGUGUAUAAUUCGUAGCACCAAGUCUGCAGUUCCCAGGUGUGAAGGAAGGCGCGACAACUAAGCUAUUACACAACCAGUAUAAAUUUGUAGCAUACCCAUAGCCUCUCUCUUGCUUCAUCCCCCAUAAUCCAUCUACUUCACAUUAGAAAAAUAAAAAAAGCAGCAGCAAACACUGCAAAGCCGCUAGUGCCGUCCACAGUCAGCUAACCAACCUACUCCUUGCAAACCAUUGUCUUAAAAGUUGUCUCCAGUUUCAAUAGCUCUUCUCUUCCUUUGUGUUCCUGUGUUCUUAAGAUUUACUUCUACUGGAUCUGUCGAGAGACAGGGGCCUUUGCCUGGUUCAGGGAUCUGCUGGCCUCUCUGGAACAAGAGAUGGAUGAGUCAGGCAGGGCAGGCAUGCUCAGCUACCAUCUCUACCUCACAGGGUGGAACAGCAGUAUGGUGAGUCACGCAGCAUCCCCCUUGUGAACUUGCUUCCAUUGGCAGGCUAUGCACACCCUUCCCAGAAGAGCAAGCUUCUGAAAGCGCCCUGAUCCUUUUGUCAAGGAAACACACACAAAACGUGCAGCAGCUUUUGUUUGAGACGUCAGCAAUGUACCACAUUGUCCUUUUGCAAGGGCUGAAGUUCGAAGCAUACCUGUCAACUUUCAGAUUUGAAAAUAAGGGAUCAGCAGCCUCGAAAAUAAGGGAUCAGCAGCCUCACCUGUCCCGGGGACAGUCUACGGGAUAUCCAACAAUCCGGGAUAGCAGCGGGAAGCAGCGGGAAACGGUGCUGGAAUAAGGGAAUUUCCCGCAAAAAAAGGGAAAGUUGACAGCUAUGGUUCCAAGGCACUUUCAAGUACCAGUCUCUUUUAGAGCAGCUAAGACGCAGCGACACUUUCUGAUUUCUGCUGUGCCACCACAACUCUGAUCAUCCCUGUCCGCUGCUGGAGCUGAUGGGAGUUGGAAUCCAACAAUACGAGGACAGCCGGAGGUUAGGGUGGCCAGUUGUGCAUUGCCCCCCCAAAAGAGGAUUAGCUUCACACACACAAAAAGCCGAUAAAAGAUGGGUUCGAUUUGCAUAAAAUGUAUUGACGCAAAUCUGGAAAUAUUUACUAGAAUUCAGAGAGAAAUAUCAAUGCAGUAAGCCCGCAACUUAAAAUCACUUUUGUUAUGCGAUGGCAUCCCUACACAGGUAUCUGAAAGAAAGAAAGAAAGAAAGAAAGAAAGAAAGAAAGAAAGAAAGAAAGAAAAUUCUGAGAAAAUCAAAAUACACAGUUGAAAAACGUUGGGAGGCGGGAGAAUGGAACACAGCAGUUGGCAACAGCCAUUUCACUCACCUUGGGAGUGUGUUUGAGCAUUGUCAGAGAGUUGGAGCUGGAGAGUGAGGUAAAGGUAAAGGUAAAGGGACCCCUGACCAUUAGGUCCAGUUGUGGCCAACUCUGGGGUUGCGGCGCUCAUCUCGCUUUAUUGGCCAAGGGAGCCAGCGUACAGCUUCCGGGUCAUGUGGCCAGCAUGACUAAGCCGCUUCUGGCGAACCAGAGCAGUGCACGGAAACGCCGUUUACUUUUCUGCCGGAGCUGUACCUAUUUAUCUACUUGCACUUUGACGUGCUUUUGAACUGCUAGGUUGGCAGGAGCAGGGACUGAGCAAUGGGAGCUCACCCCCUCACGGGGAUUCGAACCGCCGACUUCUGAUCGGCAAGUCCUAGGCUCUGUGGUUUAACCCACAGUGCCACCCACGUCCCACGGAGAGUGAGAUAGGGCCUUGCAAAAGCACAGAGAGCAAGCAGUCAGAGGUGAUCUGAGAAAGAGGAGGUGCAGGGUUUUGUUUUUGUUUUUGUUUUUUACAUUUUUGGGGUUUUUUUUACGGGUUGUUUUAAGGUGUUUUCCAGGCUUUAUGUGCUUGGACGUUUGCAUGUGGUUCCCAGGAGCAGAACCCUUGCAUAAACUGUAGGCUUACAAGGGCAGCCACACUAAAAGCCCUGUUUCAAGUUACUGCGGAGCAGACUUCUGAGAUCUUUGGAACUUGCAGGAGAAGCUGCAAGUACUCUUUGGUGAGAGAACCCCAUCAGAGAUUUAAAGUUUCAAAACAUGCGGCAAAGUAAAGCAUGGAAAUAUAGGUUGUAAAGCUUUAAAAUGUGCUCUUUAAAGCAAGGUCCAAAACACUCCCUAAAAAGUUUCUUUCCAAAGUUUCCCUCUUCCCCAAGCAGGGAAAAGACCACACGUGUGGUAAGUUAAGAAAUAGUUUACUAACAAACUCUCCAAAGGUCUAUUCUGUACUUCAGAAUAGUUGCACAGGCUGUAAAACUAAGCUUAGUUACAAAAUGGUGAAAGUUCCUAAAUUAUUAGUAUCAGAAUGCAGGAAUGGCAUGCAACAGCCAUGAAUUUGAGAAGGAGCAACCAGUUCAAACCUCUUCACCCGCUGAGCUUCUCAGGUAGACUAGGGGACACCAAAAGCUUGAUUACCUAGUUCCUCCCAUGGUAAGGGGAAGUGGACACAUCUAAGCCUGGCAGAACAGCUUAGUCUGUGCUAUUAACCCCUUCCUGCAUUAAUUAGACUUAAGCAUGUUGGUUAUAUGAAGCUGGUUUUCCCAUAAUCCACACAAACUUUCCUCCUUAAAAGUGAUUCCACAGCCCCUUGCCUCUGGAGCAGAGCCUCAGAAAAUGGCCUGGGCAGGUUCCUUUGGGAGCAGAGUGCUUGUUCAGAUACCCAGGGGCCAAGCAUCUAUAGUUUGUGCAGCAGACAAUGGCAGAGGAAGCCUCUCCGGCCCCCAGGGCAGGAUUGUGCAUGCGCGGCACCCAUACGGACACCGUGUGCAUGCCCUCAGCUGCUCUACAGCUGGGGGGGGGAGAGGCAGUGGGCCAUCUUGUCACCCCCCCCAGGGUGGCACCAGGGGUGAGCUGCCCCUCCCACACCUGCCUUUGUACGCCCCUGGCAGCAGAAGGAAGGGCAGAAUCCUGGAAUAUGUACAGCCAGACUUAAUAUUCCAUGAAAACUACUGGGCUGAGAUCCAUAACUUAGCCCGUUAGCAUGAACAUCAGAAAGCAGCUGAAAGGUCAAUUUUAAGAAAUUGUAUGAAAUACUUAUGCAGCUGCUAUGAGGCCUGCCCAAUUUUUUGCUGCUUUUCUAGGUUGGUCACGCAGCGGUCAACUUUGACAGGUCCACCGACAUGGUGACGGGCCUGCGGCAGAAAACUUUCUUUGGGAGGCCCAUGUGGAGCAAUGAAUUCUCAGCGGUGGCAGCUGCCCAUCCCAGGUAAGGUCUGCUGCUGUGUUGUCAACCCAGGUUGUCGGAGCAGAGACCAUAGCUAUACAGUGGUACCUCAGGUUACAUACGCUUCAGGUUACAUACUCUGCUAACCCAGAAAUAGUGCUUCAGGUUAAGAACUUUGCUUCAGGUUGAGAACAGAAAUCAUGCUCCAGCAGCGCGGCAGCAGCAGGAGGCCCCAUUAGUUCAGUCUCAGUCAGUAAAAGUGGUGCUUCAGGUUAAGAACAGUUUCAGAUUAAGUACGGACCUCCGGAACGAAUUAAAUACUUAACCCGAGGUACCACUGUACAUACAGAUCUCCUUUCUGUUACUCCCAUUUGUAGAGAAUUCGGCAGAAAUGACACCCAGAUUCUGUCAUCUAAAUGGAAUGAUUCAGCUUGCACAACAUUGCUGCGUAUUAUUCUUCCCUUCUCCCUUUCCUCAAAGCAAUCCAUUAGUAACCUUUGUUUCCUGACAUUAAUUGCUUCUUCCUUGGGCUUUGCAGGUCUGUAGUGGGUGUGUUUCUGUGUGGCCCAGAGAGCCUGGCUAAGACUCUGCAAAAGUACUGCCAUCAACACUCCAGCCUAGAUCCCAGAAACGUCCAGUUUUACUUCAAUAAAGAGAAUUUUUAA